AUGGCUGAGGAGGAAAGCGGCGCAAAAGGAGGAAAAGAGAAGCAAAGAGGUCAGUGGCUAUUUGAUGCUUCCUCACCCCUAGUCCUUCUAAAGUAAAGUGACUCUGCCCAUCAUUCAGAGCUUCUUGUACACUUUGGGGGGUACAGAUGGCGCUUCAGUGUGAAGAAGCUUGCUCACAGACUCUGAAAGGCUGAGCAGUUACACUGCUGCUGAAAUGCCCUUUUCUGCACCGCUACUAAAGGCACAGGAGCCCUGUCCUCUUUUGCUACCCUAGUAGAGUUGUCCUCUUCUACUCUAAGCCAUCUCUAGGAGAGUUGCCCUUUUCCACUAGAACUUCUCGGUUGCAAAGGAUCAGAGCUCCUACAGGUACAAUGAAGUACAUAUGUGGAGAAUCUUGGUGGAAUGAAUGAGGGCCAGUCACUUCACUGGGAUUUCCUAUGUUGCAUAUUGGUCAUUUACUACGUAGCUUGCUGGCCAGGGAUGGUGUCUAGUGCUCAGUGUUCCUCAGGUCUUUUCUUGACUCUGCCGCUUGUUUGAUAAUUAUCCUUUGGCAGAGCCCUUAUCAAAGGUUUGGUGGUGGAUGAUCCUAAGGGAUGAGGAAGGCAAAGCUGAAAGAAACCUAAAUUUAUUUUAAGUUAGUAGAUGCAUGGAGUGAUGUUAAUAAAUUUCUGUUCUAUUCAUUGAAAAUAUUUUCAUUAUGUUGCUGUUCAGUAAAACCCUCCAGGGCUGCUCACAGCAGAGUAAUGAAACGAAACAGAAAGAUGAAAAAAGUAAAUUGAAGGAACUCAAUUGAAUAGAUAGAACAGUAAAAAAAUUGAAUUAAUAUAAUAUGCAAAACAAAUGGCACUCCCAGUCUCCUUUCCGAGUUCUCCAACACUUACUAACAAAAACCAGUGAUGUGGGGCAAGGAAUGCAUCCCAUGAUAACGCCAUGACAUAGGUAAGUUAGUCUAGAAAUUUAUCAGCAGAGGUUGACCACAAUAGUUCAGGCAUUGGUGACAUCAGAAUUAUCUUCCCUUGUCCUUGACCUGGAAACAGUAGUUACUGCAGGAUGCUAAAACACAAUUGCUAACAGGAGUGAGACCCUGUCAGCAUAUAACACCUGAGCUCAGAGGUUAGCAGGGCUGCCUGCUUGCUAUAGGACCAAGUUCAAGGUGUUACUACAAUGGUACCUUGGUUGUCGAAUGGCUUGGCUCCUGAACAAAACGGCCCCUGAACGCUGCAAACCUGGAAGUGAGUGUUCCAGUUUGCAAACAUUUUUCAAAAGCUAUACAUCCGACAUGGCUUCCAAUUGAGUGCAGGAAGCUCCUGCAGCCAAUCGGAAGCCGUGCCUUGGUUUUCAAACCUUUUCGGGAGUUGAAUGGACUCCCAGAACGGAUGAAAUUCGAGAACCAAGGUACCACUGUAUUCAUAUAUAAAGCCCUUCACAGUUUGGGAUUACCAUACCCAAUAAAUCGUACCUUGGAUCCCGAAUGCCUUGUGAGUCGAACGUUUUGGCUUCCAAACGCCGCAAAUCCGAAAGUGAGUGUUCCGUUUUGCGAAUGUUUUUUUGAACCCGAACGUCCACCACAGCUUCUGUGGCUUCCAAUUGGCUGCAGGAGCUUCCUGCAUCCCUCUCCUCUGACACUCAUCAAGGUGCACUGCAAAGCAUCCUUGCCAUUACGGAGAAUGCGAGGCCAUUUUAGGCCAUGUUCCAGUACCCCAAAGUCCACUCCAGAACUACCCCCCCCCAUUCAUGUGUCUGUAAAUUUUCAUGGUGAAUUGCUGCGUGUUUUCUGGCACAGCAAAAAAAGGGAUUUUUAUUCAUCAUAUGAUGCCAUAGCGUACAUUAUUAUGCUGACAUUACUGCUCCCACAUGACAUCUCUGACCAUUAACUACUAUGGCAACAAAUUACCUAUACUUGGCCUGCUCUUUAGUUUUGCAAAGGCUCAUUCUCCCAACAAACAGGAAUGUGCCAGGCUAUCUGUUUAGCAAAAGAAACUGGAUGCUGGAUGUUAAGUCCUUAUGUAACGAAAUAAAAAUCAAUAUGGGGGGGAAAACAGCUGUGCAGGAAAAAAGUGGGGGAAUAGAAAAUCCUCCUUUCUCAUGUGGGACCAGACAAAAGAGAACAGUCUGAACCACAUGUGGAACAGAAAUCAGGGAUUUGCCAAGUAUAAUGCAGCAAUUAAGGAUAAGAAUAAAAACAUCAGUAUGGAAAGGGUGGGCAAUCAAAAAGAAAAAAUAUAUACAUUGUAUGUUAAGUAAAUUUGUCAUUUUUUUAAAAAAAAACCUAAUAAAAAUUAAUAAUGAAAAAAAGGAAGCAUCCCUAAUGCAGAGGCCCUUCCUUUCCUGGGCUCCAGGUGAGCAAAUAAUAUCUCUUGCAUACUUGGGCCUAGCAAGGAACAGGCCACUGUAUAUUAAGAAGAUGUGUUCAUAGCCCUCACGUUCUUGGUAAUGAUGGAGUUGCAAUGCACGCAGCAGUAGUUACAAGUGGCUGAAGGCUGGUGGGAGAGAUAGAAAGGACUCAGUAUUCCUUGUGGGGAAGCACUUCCACAAGUGCAGAUAUAUGAGUGUGGAGCAAUGCAUGAGGAAGCGAUAGAUCUUGCCCAUUAUUCAAACAUUAUAUCAUGCAAUCCUACACAUAAUCUGCACAGAAGUAAGCCCCAGUGAGUUCACAGAAUCACAGAAUCAUAGAGUUGGAAGAGACCACAAGGGCCAUCGAGUCCAACCCCCUGCCAAGCAGGAAACACCAUCAGAGCACUCCUGACAUAUGGUUGUCAAGCCUCUGCUUAAAGACCUCCAAAGAAGGAGACUCCACCACACUCCUUGGCAGCAAAUUCCACUGUCGAACAGCUCUUACUGUCAGGAAGUUCUUCCUAAUGUUUAGGUGGAAUCUUCUUUCUUGUAGUUUGCAUCCAUUGCUCCGUGUCCGCUUCUCUGGAGCAGCAGAAAACAACCUUUCUCCCUCCUCUAUGUGACAUCCUUUUAUAUAUUUGAACAUGGCUAUCAUAUCACCCCCUAACCUCCUCUUCUCCAGGCUAAACAUGCCCAGCUCCCUUAGCCGUUCCUCAUAAGGCAUCAUUUCCAGGCCUUUGACCAUUUUGGUUGCCCUCCUCUGGACACGUUCCAGUUUGUCAGUGUCCUUCUUGAACUGUGGUGCCCAGAAGUGAACACAGUACUCCAGGUGAGGUCUGACCAGAGCAGAAUACAGUGGCACUAUUACUUCCCUUGAUCUAGAUGCUAUACUCCUAUUGAUGCAGCCCAGAAUUGCAUUGGCUUUUUUAGCUGCCGCGUCACACUGUUGGCUCAUGUCAAGUUUGUGGUCAACCAAGACUCCUAGAUCCUUUUCACAUGUACUGCUCUCAAGCCAGGUGUCCCCCAUCUUGUAUUUGUGCCUCUCAUUUUUUUUUGCCCAAGUGCAAUACUGUACAUUUCUCCCUGUUAAAAUUCAUCUUGUUUGUUCAGUGGGAAUUUCUCCUAGGUAAAGAUGUACAGGAUUGCAGCAGACUUCAUUUCUUAAAGAAUUUAAAUAAAAUGUAACGUGAAUAAGAUAUGAACAGAAUUAAAUACAUUACUAACCAUGUCUACACAGAAGCACCUCCUACUGAAUUCAGCGGGGUUAUUCCCAGGUAAUGGGGUUAGUAUUGCAGCGUUAACAUAUUAAGCACUCUUCCUAGGGUUUUAUUACCCCCCUAGUGCAAAAUAAAUGGGUUUUUACCAUCCACAUUCUGUCCCUAAGGUUCUUGCUAAGCAAUAAACAUUAAGAUCACUUCUCAGGGACUCUGUAAAAACAACACGAAAAUCAGCACAGUAGGUUUAAUCUGACAGACAGCCUUGGAAAGAGUUUCAGAAAAAGAAUAAAUUGGUGAGGCUUUUGCGGUGUAGAAAGAUGACAGCCUAAAGGUAAAGCAGGGUGGGACAUCAGAUUGGUGCUGCUGAGGUCAUUUGUUAAUUAAUGGUGCCUUGCUUCAGAUCUUACUCAUAGCUAGCUAAUGAGGGAAGUGAACACCAAUGCAUAUAUUUAAGCAAUAAUCCACAAAACCCCAUCCUUGCACUUCCUCUAAAUGGGAGCAACACUACAUGUUAUGCUGAACACACAGGGCUGCCUCUAAAAAUGUAGCCCAAUGUUGAGUUAUUCCAUCUCAACGCCAUGCUCAUUUAGGCACGUCUUCUCUUGUUGUGUGGUAUCAUCACAGGGAUGCCAACUUGAAUAAAAUAUUGGGAGGGGCCCAGGUAAGCCCCACACUGCUUAAGUGAUCACAAGAUGUGGCAUGCAGACACCGUUUGAAUACCAAUGCCCAUCAUCUUUGGUGGGAGGCCAAAGGAGUAGACUCCUAUGUAUGAUAACAUUUGGCGUUUCCCCACUGCUGCCAGCAGGAGCCAAAUAUGGAGUGAUGGCAGAAAAGUUCACAUCCCAGUCACCUUGCAAUGCAAUGUAUGGCUAAAAACUACAUGGGAGAAGAGGGAGAACUAGACAAGCAGCUGCCAUUUUUAGCAGCAGCCUUGCGUCAGAUAUGAACAGAAGAAGCUGCCUUAUACUGAUUCGGACCACUGGUCCACCAAGCUCAGUAUUGUCCUCACAGACUAGUAGCAGCUCUCUAGAGUUUCAGACUGGGGACAUCCCCAGCUCUGCCUGCAGAUGAUGAGGAUUGAAUCUCUGUUCUUCUGCAUGCAGAGCAGAUGUUCUACCACUGAGCUACAGCUGUCCCCCCAAUGCAUUGCUCUGUCCAGAGACAGGGGCAGUGUGAAUUGCCUUUUUAGUACGAAUGAUGUUGCUUUUUGUUGUUGGACGUAAAACAGCCAGUAAAGAACUUGCAGGAGGGCCAGGAAUGGUACGGGGGUAAGGCCUUUACCCUCCCAAGUCAUCUUGUGGCUAUAGACAUGCCCUUUAGCAAGUUGCUCAGCACUUGUAUGACAGACAGCAGCAGCAACAAAAAUGACAGAGAUUUUUGCCAAGACUUGAGCAGCAGAAAAAAUAAUAGGGGUGUGUGUUCCUAUAAUGUCGUUCACCUUAAAAUGCGAAGCAACAAACAGCAGCAAGGAAAGAAGGGUCCUACAUUACAAUAACAAAACAAGGAGCAGAUAAAACAUAGGAGCCCUGGCCGUGGGUGUCCCUGAAGGGAGCGAUGCAGUGGAAAUAAUGUUGGCUGUUUCUGUAUUGAUUGCAGAGGUAGCAUGCAAUUUGAUCUUGGGGCUGAUAAGAAAUGAGAGACUGUGAACUUCAGGUUGUAAUUUGGUUCUGGUAUGGUUUGUGCUUGUAAUACAUUUGUCUAGAACAGGGGAGGGGGAACUUUUGGCCCUCCAGAUGUUGCUACACUACAACUCCCAUCAUUCCUGACCAGUGGUUGUGCUGGCUUGGGUUGAUGGAAGUGGGAGUCCAGCAGCUAGGGGCGUCUGGGGGCCCUCCAAAUUUUCAAGGUGUGGGGGCCUGGCCUCCUCAAAAUCCCAUGGUGGCCAUGUGUGUACACCGUGAGGUAUGCUGACAUUCACACAAGCCGGGCAGCGUGCAUAUGACACAUCAGCACACUACACAGCAUGCGCAAGUGACAUCAGCAUGUUACACGGCCAAGGCCCUCUCAGUCAUGGGGGCAAGCUGACACACUUGCCAGCGACAUCUGGAGAGUCACAACUUAACCUAAGUAGGACAACUGGAAAGACGAGAAGAUAAAUUUAUAUCCCAGUCCUCCUUUGCCCAGGCAGUAGAGUCUCCUGUACACAUGCAGCUGCAGAAACUUUGAUCACAGUCAGGAUAGACUCUCGUGUGCAGCCUAGAAAGAAGUAAUCAUGCUUGAGGCAGCACCAUGAGCAGAGGCGGUUUUAGGGUAGCACAACCGGUGCAGCUGCCACAACAGUGCUGUAGCAUGGAGCCCAAGAGGCGGUGUGGGGCCAAAUGUUGCCAUUGCACAAGGCACUGCUGAAACUUGAGAGCCCAAAGUCUGUCACUGCCAUGAGAGAGAGAGAGAGAGAAAAAGUGGAGCUGCUGCCUGAAUGGUACAGCAAGAUUUUUAAAAGCCCUAGGGGUAGGGUACCUUAUUCAGCCCAAGAGCCACAUUUCCUCAUGGAUGAGGUCUCAAUGGUCACCUACAAGUGGUAGGCAGAGCCCAAGGCAAAAGUGAGUGGAGCAAUGGCUGUGACUCUUCUCCUUUUGUCCUGUAUGUUCUCACAGUGGGAGAUGAGGAGAUAUAAAUGGAUGGAUUUUUAUUUUUACAAUAUGAGCAAAAACCGGGCAGAGGCCAAUAUGGACAAAUAAAUCUGGAGGGAGUGGAUUUUGAGGGGCUGGGCAUAUUACACACUUUUAAUUAUACACAGUAGUUCUAGGUUUCCUGUUCUCCCCCACCUCUUUGUUCAAAAAUGGUAAGUCCUUUGUGAGGUACUAGCGUUGCUAGCUAAUCUCCUCCUGUGGAGCAGGGUGAGCUAUAAACAACCCUGCGGGAAGCAUCUCACAAAACACAAAAACAGUUACAUACAAGCCCUGCCCUUAUCUCUGCAGAGGGGUGCAUGAGGAAUCCAUUUAUUACCUAUACUAGUAGCCUACGGUGGCUGCACAGAUAAGAGACUAUUAAAAAGAGGGUCAAUCAAAAGAAAUAUGAAGAGCUCUUCACAGUUAUUUAUUUUAUGUAUGCAUUUAUUUAUUGCUCUUAUAUCUUGCUCUUCCUGUGGCAAGCUUAUUGGGGAGCAUUUUAUUAGUGAGAUAUCAGAGUCUUUUAAAGCCAAGCAGCGCCUAAAUAGCAAAUGAGCAUCAGAAAUCUAAGUGUAAGCCACACAGAGCUCAUUUGCUCUGAGCUCUCAAUGCAUCAUUUUGCUUCAGCCAGCUAGUUUCAAAUAGGCAGGGAUGCCUGUGGUUCCUGCAGAAUAAGCCUGCUAUUAUAGCAGAGAUGGCCCAAAGCCACAAACCUUGCCACUAAUUAUGAGUUUCAACAUUUGGAAUAGGGAUUAUCAUUCAGUAUGCAUUUCGCUUGACUCAACACAAGGGUUACUCAGAGUACCUGAAGUGUGCUCAGAGCAAACGGCACACAGCCCUGCCUGCAGGUGCUGAGGACAGCCCUGUGCGUUGUGAUUUAGUGACAGUUUCACCAGCCCAGUUUAACUUUGCUCUUCUCCUUCCUCAUGAAGCUCUCCUCCUGCCUCAGCCUGGCAGAGAGAAAAAUGUGCACAAUCAGGGUUAACUUAAAUCUGAACUAAACUCCACUCAUUUGGAAGUCUUCCCAACCAACUCACCACGACAGCAGAGAGUUGUGUGAGGCAAACUGGGGAGGGAAAAAAGGAAAAGCAUAGGAUGGACCUCUCAGGGAGAAAAGAAUCUAAGGAGACUCUGUUCACUUUUAUUUCUGCAGGAGAUAAUCCUUCAGAAGGAGUUUGCCCUCCUGAGAGAAAGUCCCCGGUAAGUAUUUGAUCUGACUUGGUUGGGGUGUGGUGGAGGGUUGUUUUUAUUUUGGGGCGAGUUUAUUUUGCUGUUUCUUUCAACUUCCCUGGAACAAUUCUCGAGAGCUUGCUGCUCUUGCCUUCCCCUGUUGCGCUUUGGCCUCAGACAGACAAGCACCAUUUCUUGCCUAGGGUUGGUAUUAGCAUUAGUGAUUCGAAAGGAAAUUCUUUCUUGCUAACCUGAUUAAUGUACUAGAAAGGCAGCUCAGACAACAGAGGAACAAACCCGAGCCAAUGGCUUCUUUGGGAAUUACCACUUCUUGGAAUGCAUUUCCCAGGCAAAAACAACACUCUUUUGAAGGAAGCAAGAAUGAUAUACAUAGAGGGGGAGGUGAGCCUGCAGCUUUGCUUGCUGGAUUUCAAAAGAGGAGGCAGCUUCCAAUUCAGCGGCAAUAUUUUGAUAUGGGUUAGUUCUAUUGUCAGAAUUUCCACUAGAUUUUUUUCUUCUUCUUUCCCCUCUCUGAGGAUAAGUGCUCCUGAGCCUUUCUAGCUUAUUCAAAAGCACACAUUUUAUUCUCCAGACUGUAUUUGUAGAGAGCUAGUUUAAAGAUUGCUGCAAAAAGAAUAGAUAUGCAAUGGUGAAUUAAGGAAGAAAUUAAGGUAGAUGUGCAGUCAAGCACUGGAGUAGGAAGUACAUAACCUUCAAAGAACAAGAUUGUGCUAUGUAUAUUUGUAAAAGUCAAAAGGCUAAUGAAGAGGAACAUACAUGAUGAUACAGGUGGAGAGGGGAAACCUUGCUGGUUUUUAGUAAAACAAGGGGUGGCUUGGUGAGUGCUCAUGUGUUGGAAUGUCCUCUCAAUCCAUUAAAAAAAUGAAUAGUGUUAAUAAAAACAAGGAGUCAUGGGGAGAGGGUCUAAUUGGGUCACUCAGCAGCAUGACUAGUGAUAAUCUGCAAAAGUGUUCUGAUUGAGGUUUUGAUCAGAUGAAUUUCUUUCACUGUAUACAGUUUUGUCAUUUGUGCAGAUUCAAGGAUGGAUACAGGAACGCAUUAGCAUUGACACCUGUGCAAAUUCAUAUGUUAAUGCUGUAAUUACCUUAAGGAAUGAGCCAACAUAAUUUUGUGUUGUUCCCCCUAAUGUCAAUAUCCACUGGAAGAAACUAUGGGCUAAAAACAAGUCAAAGUGCAAGUAGAUAAAUAGGUACCGCUCUGGCGGGAAGGUAAAUGGCAUUUCCGUGUACUGCUCUGGUUCGCCAGAAGUGGCUUAGUCAUGCUGGCCACGUGACCCAGAAGCUGUCUGCAGACAAACUCCGGCUCCCUCAGCCUAUAGAGCGGGAUGAGCGCCGCAACCCCAGAGUCGUCCACAACUGGACCUUCCAGUCAGGGGUACCUUUACCUUUACCUUUAAUGGUUUAAUUUUUUUUAUUAAGCCCUGGUCCCACACACAAACACAAAACUGCUGUUUGGACCUAGAUUAUGUGAUCAUACUCACCCACCCCCUUUAAGUAUUAUAGGGAAGCAAGCUCACAACAUUCCACAAUGCCCAUCAGGCAUACCAGUUCCAGUGAAUAUAGUGUCUGAAAAGGUCACAUCUGUACAAAAUGCAAUGUGUGUAGGCCUGAAAAACGUUCAAGUUCCCUCAUUCAUUCGGGGAAUUGACCAAAUUGCUUGUUCUCACACAUACAGGUUGGUUUAUGUUUAUUUGUGUGUACUCUAUUCAAACAUUAUGUCACACUCGGAUGCCUGACAAGACAGGUUUCCCAAACAGACAAGGUGGGAAGGAGUGAUAUGCAGGAUUGAAAGCAGUGGUGGAAGAAGUUUAGCAAGGCCACAUAAAUCUCCUCAGAUCUUGGGAGGUAAUUGUUGCAGAUUAAUAAACGGAGAAAAGCAAAGGUUCCAGAAUAAAGUGUUCUGGGUUAAUAAAAGUUAUUUUCAAAUAUUAGAACCAGGGCUUCCAGACCUCUGUUUCAUCUACUAACACAAAUAAACCAGGGCUGCUAGUAGAAGGAAACUUCAAGGGGGAAAGUGAUGGGCAAGGGAAGGUUUAAGCACCCUCUUCCUGCCUAUCACUUCUCUGCUACAAGUUGCACCUGCCCAGAACUUCUUUGCAAGAAGCAAUCGUGUCUAGGUUUGGAGGCACUGGAGGUGGAAUAGGUAGUUCUGCCCUCGGCUGAAAUGUAAACACACACUUGGUUAGGAGCAACUUACUUAGAUUUUCAGUUCUAGUCUCAUUAAUGAGAUGUAGGGAUGAGAGAGAAAUUUGAUUCAGUUCACAUUUAAAGGUGAGCUUGCCUAAACCGUACUUUCUGAAACCAUGCACAGUACCAAAAUACAGCCAUCUUGCAAAAUUCGCCUUUCUUUGAAUUCUGCAGUGCAGUUAUCCCAGUAAGAACUGUUAUUUUUUUUAAAGAAAAACCAUAACCAACUGAUAUGGGGAGCUGAAUUUAAGAUUGGAAAACUGGGAAACUGAAAUGGACAGAUUCACCCAUCCCUAACGAGAUGUGUCUCAAUCCUCUUUAAAUUCCACAGUGAUCCUGAUUUACGUGCUUUCUGGUUCACAUCAUACAUUAACUUAGAAGGAGAAGGGCUUCCCUCUUCUUCUGGCAUUGAUGUGUGUUGCUCUGCUAAGAUGCAUGAAAUGAUGCUAGGUAGAUGCUAUUUUUACUUUGAAAGAAAAUAAUUGCUCAUUGGAUAAUGACAGAUGUUUGAAUGAAUCCAAACAGAGUACAAAAUAGGGGCUAGUGCUCAGGAGCAUCCUUGGCAUGCUAAUGUACUAAUCCUCAUUUUGAAUUCAUCCAGGUUUUUGACAGCAUGAUGAAACUCACCUGAUUAGUGAACACUCCUGAUAGGAGAGCAAAAAUUCCCCUUAACAGAAGUACCAGUGAACAUGUGCUGGAUGGAGCAGGAUUGCUGCUGCAGACUCAGCAUUUUUUGAGCAUGUAUAGAGAAUCCCUCCAUGUAGAACUGUACAUGUGGAUGGCUUUUUCUGUAUGUUCAGCAGCUUCUGAUUUCCAAGGAGUACAUGCAGGAGCUCACUGCGCAUGAAUGCUUGUUGGUUGGGAUAGAGCCUGCUGAGGAAGUGCAAGUUUAAUUGUUUUGUUCAUAUCUGCGGUGCCUAAAUAUAAAUUUCAAAUUUCUAGAUUUGGGCCUUCAAAUUCACCUAACCAGCUAGUUGCUGUCAGAACUAUGUCACCAGCACUGGAUAGGCUGUUUAUUCCCCCCACUAUCAGAUGGGUUUAUGUUUCUCCAUAGGCUAUGCUGUCUCUUUUAUGUCCUGAGAUAACACCACAAAAUGAUGCAACAGCACUCUGGGGAAAAUGCCAGCUAACAUUGUUUCCUUGUUUUACAGCGAAGCCUCACAAAGUUGAGGACAAAGUGAGGGCUUGGCUCUGAAUGCAAUAUGAGUGUCACGUUGCAUCCAGUCACAUAGUAAUCCUUUUGCGUGUGAUGUCUGGAGACCUGUGUCUUACUGACACUGGCAUUAUCAUUUUCUCCCCCCUUUUUGUUUAUUUUUCUGUUGAUGACAUAAACUACUGGAUAGAUCUCAUUAGAAACUACUGGGUAGGUGGAACCCAAGCAUGCUGGGAUUUGCUUCGUGGUUAGAAUUAAUCACUAAAUGGAACAAAUGGAACUUUCUAGAAAAGCAGUUGACAUCUGCCCUGAUCGCUUCUGAUCCACAAAUAUUCUUCCUCCUCCUUUCUUUCUUUCUUUCUUUCCUUCCUUCCUUCCUUCCUUCCUUUUUUUUCUGCCAACAGCUGUUUUCCCUCACAUAAGCUGUCCCUUGGACCAGGUGGUCAUGUAAUUAUUUGUUUCAUUUCAUUUAUGGAUCACUUCCCAUAAAACAUCCCAAAGCAAUUUAACAGUGAAAAAUAUCAAUAAUAUAAAAACAGCAAUAAGAACAAUUUCAAGUCCAAAGCAGAUAAGGACAGGGAUUUUUUUAAAAAUCCACACGUAAAGGGCUUGUUGGUGAAGGAAGGUCUUCCAGGUGUGCUUAAAAGGUAAUGGAUAAGGUAUGUCUGAUAUGUGAUUGGCGUUCCAAGGGUAGGUGCUACCUCGUGAAAGGCCUGGUUCUCCAUCAUAUGGAAGAGGAUUCCUGAUGAGAAGGUGUCUGCAGGAGGCCCUUUCCUGUAGAGUGCAGUGACUGGGAAUACAAGGGAUGAGUUUGAAGAAAAUCAUGAACACACAUUUGUGGUUCCUGUUUAUCUAACUUGCAAAGCCACAUUUAUGCCUGCUAUAGCUAGAAAAUAUAUACAGAGGGAGAAAUAUAUAUUUCAAACCUAUUCACCUCCAUUUGACAUUCGUUCACUGUGCUGAUUGUCAGCCUUUGGGCAAGCCUUUAUUUAUUAUAAGCUCUGUAUUUCCUUCAAAUCUCUUCUCUGGGGACAUCUGCCAAUUCAGCAUUGAAUUAUAGGUCUGUACAUUUGAUUCUGGGAUUCUGCGUGCUGUGCGUCAUUAUGUCAACUGUACAUAUGACCGAAGGACAAGUUUUGUAUGACACUACCUUUUUUCUGGUUUGCUUCUUUAGAAAGUAUGUGGUACCAAUUACCCUCUCAGCAUCGCCUUCAUUGUGGUGAAUGAGUUUUGCGAGCGCUUCUCCUACUAUGGCAUGAAAGGUGUGUGUUAUAUCUUUCAUCAUUUCUCCACAGCUUCUCAGAGAAUAGUUUGGCUCUCUUUGCAAUUUGUUUUGCCUUUAGGAUGAUAAAAGGUGGCCUAUGGGUGGGAGGAGAGAAUUAAUCGUAGGAAUUAUCUGAAAAGAUUCGUUGCCUUCAGAUCUUAAAUUGCCUCAGAUACCUCAGCUGUCUCUGAUACGUGUACACACUAACAGGAUAGACUGAAAGGUUAUAAACAUGGUGCCAGAGGCUGCUUCCAGGUGGGUGGCUCCUAGUACUGCCAAAUAAUUGCACUUCUGCUGUAAGCUACAAGUGAAGUUGCACUUGACUUUCCACAGUAUUGGGUGUUCUGAACUUUUUCUGUGUCUGCAUGCUGCUGUGUUCUGUACACAAGUGCUCAUGACAUAACUGCUGUGGGUGGGGCCAACUGAAGCUGAGCGCACAUCUACUAAAACCCUUGCAGCAGCCAUUUUGUAUGGCCCUGUUUUUAAAACUUUGUCUUUUAAUAAGCUCUAAAAUUCUUUCUUGCCAUUGUUAAUGAAUGAAAGUUAUAGUGCUAUAACACUAUAAUGCUGGGUUUUUUUGUUUGUUUUUUUAAAAACUAUUUCAUAAAUACAUGCAUACAAAAAAAUCACCUCUCUUGGCUAUGUAAAAUGGGAGCCGUGUACAUUUUGCUAAAAUUGCUUUGGUCAGAAAGAGCAUUAUAUAACAAAUUUGGUGUUACAGUGCUGUAACUCUCAUUCAUUUUUUAAAAGUGCCAUAAUACUACAUUUUAAACAAAAGAUUUUAAAAAUAACCUUUCUGAUCACUGGUAUUUUAGCCAUAUGGCAAACAUAGGUCACUGGUAGGAGUUUCAAUGCUUUUAAAUAACAUUAAUACACACCCACACACACACACACACACACACACACACAGAAUCAAAUCCCCAUACUUUUAAAAAGAUAGAAUAUUAAUGCUAAUCUACACCUGUGGAGAUUGCAUCACUCUUCUAUUCUUCUGAAAAAUGUCAGACUUUCUGCCUUCUGAGAGAAGGUGGGAAGAGCCACAGGAGCAAUAAAGGAUGAAAGCAUUGUGUGGAUGUCUCAUGAAAAGUGUGCAAAUGAAGCAUCAAUUCCACAUCAAGCACCCAUUGUGACAGCCCACUUGCGGAACUGCUCAUCCACUAGUAGAAGCCAUAUUCUUAAGCCAUAGUGCAACAGCCCAAUUCAAUGAGUGUUUUGUGCUUGAGAAAAAAGUUUCAUAACCCCCAACUGAAUGUUAUUAUUAUACUUGGUGACAGUUAAGCUUAUGCAUUACUAUUUGUGCUACUGCUCGGACAUCAACUCUCAAACUGCUUGCACUAAAGUUAUGUUGGAUCUCGCCCCCUGCUAUGGAAGCUCUCUCCUGUCUCUUCCCUUUGGGGACAGUAAUAUGGAAGCAGAAAACUGGAAGCUGGUCAGCAAGGGCUACAAUCUCUGGAGAAUGACCUAGAGCAUAUAGGGGAGAGAAAGGAAGAGUGACAGGAAAGGUCUAUUGGUCUGACACCCAGGAUUGCUUGCUUUUCCUCUGUUGGAGGCUGUAUGCUUGUAUCAGUGGGAUGAUAGCUAGAGACUGAGAAAGGGCAAUUUGCUCAUCACUGUGUUUUCAUGGUAGUGAAAGCUGAGCCUCCUUGGGUUUCUUUCGGUCAUUGUUGGCAUCGGCCUGCCUCAGGAGACAAUGGGAAAGUUGCGCCUUCAGGGGUAAAGUCAAACUGUUGGAGAGUUACAGAGCCUGCUAUGGCUGUAGAGUUUUCAUGGUAGUGAAAGCUGAGCCUCAUUGGAUUUCUUUCUGUCACACCACUGGUAAAAGCACAGAGCCUCUUUCAGGAAAAGAAAAUUAUUGUCACACUCUGGGGCUCAUACAUUGUUUAUGAAACUCAUUGCUAUUGUCUUUGUUUUUAUCCCUCAGCCGUUCUGACUUUGUAUUUCCUCUACUUCCUCCACUGGGAUGAGAAUACAUCCACCUCCGUCUACCAUGCCUUCUCAAGUCUCUGUUACUUUACACCUGUCAUUGGUGCCCUCAUGGCUGACUCUUGGCUGGGAAAAUACAAGUAAGAAUAAAAUAUAUUACAUCUUCAAGUGGAAGAUGGAGAGGAAUUUUUUCAGCUUACAUUUUAAUGCAACCUUGUUUAAUGCAAAUUUGUGAAAUUUGUGGUUCUCUGAAUUUUGCAAUGCUGUUCUCCAACCAAAUGAUGUGUACAAAAAUGGGUAUGUUACGGAAAUGCGUGUAUAACAAUGUGCAUAUUAGUGAAAAUAACAUACAAAAAUGUUUCAUAUAUUAGCGGAAAUAUGCUUGCCAAAAUAUGUAUAUUAGGCAAAAUUGCAUACAAAUGGGUGGAUUAGGAGAACUCUGAUGACUUCUCAACAGGAAUGAAAUUUAUAACAAAAGCAAAAAUAGAUUCAGAAAUGUGGAGAACUGAAUUUACACUUGGAGAAGUAAGAAACCUGAUAGAAACCAAAAUUCACAAAUUUGUCCAUCUGUACUUCAGGUACAUAAACGACGCCCCCCCCCCGGUUAAUUAAUGGAGCAAAUGGGGCAUUUUCUAGCUGAUUAAUAGUACUAUUUUUAGAAACUUUUGAUAUACGUUAUCACAGAUUGCUACCUUUGUUUGCCAUUGAAUUUUAGCGUGCCUUAUGAACUUGCCUAUGCAAUGAGAUUUUUGUUUGCACUUUGAUUGGUCUUUGCACAAUUAUAUCCUGGUUUAAGAAAUCUCCCCCUUGUCCAGCUCAUAUCUAGCACCAGAGGUGCUCCCAAAGUGCUUAAAGCAGUGGAAUGCAACUGAGGUUUGGGUGGGUGGGGUGUUUGCUUCUAUCCCUUAUAUAGUCUUUCGUCUUUCUCAUGUACAGAGUAGACUCUUCUAAAUAGAAGACUCACUUUAUACAGGAAAGUAUGCAAGCAGGUAUCCAAACAACGGCCUUGUCAUUUCUAGCUGGGCUCCACUGACUUCAAUAAGGGUUAAUGCUGCCUCUGUUUAGAGUAUCCUAGCUUUCAGUGGCAUUUAUGUUCAGCUAAAUUUCUCUGGAUUGCACUGAAAGACAAUCAUUUAGGGUGUUGGACACCAAGUGCUGUUCUAUCUAUUGCUCAGGAUCUGUGUUCAGUGUGUUUGGUGUGGCACCUCCAUAUUAUUGCUAGGAAUGGUUGAGGGCCAGCUCCAUCAUUAGGCAGAAUGAAGCAGUUGCCUCAGACAGCUGGCCAGGGGGGUUAUGAAAAGCUAGCAAAUCAAUCCGUUGUUUAAUUUAAUUUAUUAUUCCAGGGGAGAGGUGUUUGUAGGAUUUUAGAGCUUUCGCAGCAUUACAUCCUGUUACUGUCCCCACCCCACCCCACUUUGGUUUUAUUUUGCUGCUGUUUUUAGUCUGUUUUUGUUUAUAUGGUGGUAAUUUAUUUGUGUACUUUACCAUAUUAAUUUUUACUAUGGGCUGCUCAGAGAACUUUUUUGUUGUUGUUAUGGAUGGAAUAUUAAUAAUUUGUAAAUGAAGAGAAUAAAAUUGGUCUGCUUGGGUUCUGUGGGCUUGGGAAGUGGAGUUUGGGGACACCAGUUGCUGUUCUGUCCCUCAGGCAGAGAGUGUCUUGGGCUGGCCCUGCCACCACAAGUGGUGGGAAACAGAGCAGCUGUGCCUGUCAGUGCAGUUGUCCCAACUUUCUGUUCAGCUGCAGCUUUUUUGUCAAUGCUUUGAAGCAGGAUGGAGAAAGAGGAGUUUCAGUUCUGGUAGAGGGAAAAGGGUAACAGAGAAAAUCCUUGUGCCUUCCCUAUCAGGAAAUACAGACACACGUUCUGUUUUCAGAUUAUAAAUCAUGCCACUGCCUUGGGCUGAUAGCAUUUUCUUACUUUUUUCUCUCUUUCUCUCCACAGAACAAUCAUUUAUCUCUCCAUUGUUUACGUUAUUGGGCACGUGAUCAAGUCCGUUGGGGCGAUACCGAGUGUGGGAAACCAAAUUGUUCAUGUGUAAGUAAUGAAAAGACGGGUCUGCUAUGUUUUGAUAACAUUAUUAUUAAUUGGCUUGUAUUAAGGUAUAGAUCAUUCACAUGCACCUUGCAAUAAGUGGUUGUGUGGUUAUUUCAGGCCUUUUGUUAACGCUGGCACCGUGUCCUCCAUCCCAAAUCGUGUCCGGACAUCGUAGCCUUGAAAGCUGCUAGCACCUUGUGCUAGGCAAUCCACCAGUCUUGCGUCUCGGGGGGCAAUGCAUCAAGUCUUGUACUGUACUGGCAUAGCCUCCGUUCAUUUCCAUGGCGAGGGUGAGCACUGCUUCAAGCAAUGAGCCCUUAGAAAGCGCUUUACGCAUGAGCUGCAGGCAAACCUCUGUCCAGAGCCACAUGCUUCAGAAGCUCAUUAACUUCAGCUGUUACUUAUUUUUUAGCACUCUAAGGUUUUUAAUUUUGUUUAGAUCUAAAGCCCAAACCUGGAGUGGGGCGGGGGGGGGGAAGCAAACCACUGUUUUAGAAAGUGUAUGCUUGGUUUUCUCAGAGGUGAACGGUAUAGGCAGGCAAGGACACAGUCCAUCUUAGAAUCCUGCAGAAGUCUUGUAAUAUGACCAUCACAGUUGGUUGUAUGGAAUGACCUACGGAAACCAGGUAGGGCAUUUUCAUGCCCACUUCAGCUGCAUUUGCCACAGAGGGAGGGAAAGCCGUUGGGGGUGGCGGUGGCUCCCAUUCAAACUGGGAGUUUAUUUAACGACAAUCCUGGGACUUGCAGGGGAGGGAACAUUUAACCAGCUGAGGAAGGGUUACCCAGCAUGGAAAAUGGAGUGUGCCUCUGAUCCUGCUUUGAAAUUGUGCCAGUUCAGAAUGCAGAUGUGGAAUCACAAAUUCAGAUGCUCCCCUCAUGUCAAAAGCUCUCUACACAUGUAAAGCAAAUUCUUCUUACACUGGCUGGCAGCAGUUCUCCAGGCUUCGGGACAGGGAGUUUCCCCAAGCCCUACUUGGAGAUGCUGCAGGUUGAACUUUUGCAUGCAAGGAAGACCCUUAUCCACUGAGCUACAGCCCCUUCUCAGUUAUGACACCAGAAAAGAGCAUACAGAACAUCAUGCAUAGUUCUUUGCAUUCCAGACUUUUGCUGCUGUUGUUUUUAAAACUGCACUCUUUUGGCCCACAUUGUUCAAGGAGGCUUAUAAAGCCACCAUGAAACAUCCUUAUCACAUGAAAAAGUAUUACGUAUUAACAGCAGAGUCAAAAAUACACCCGCAACAGCACAAAUCCAAAUGCCAUCCAACAGAUAACCCCAGUUAAUCACUUGGAAUGGCUUAACUUUUCAACAGCUUGCCUAAAUAAAUAAGUUUCUCAAAGCUCCCAAAACCACACUAAAGGAGCACAUUAGCAGACUUCCUUUGGCAGCUCAUUCCAGAACUGUAUGAUGUAAUUUUUCUGAAUGUUUGAAUCAGGCCUUAGGCAUCAUUCCCACUUCAAGCUAGUGGUGUGCUAGCAACUUUCUUGCCAAAUCCCAGGCAAGUGCAGCAUGCAUAUAAAUAAAGCAGGGUUUCCCCAAACUUUGGCUGGCUAUGACAUAGAUAAUAUUUUUUCCCCUGCACUGAAACUGUUUCCCUGCCAUGGCUGAAAAUGGGAGGCACAUGGGUACUAUAAUAUUCCAAUGUUGUUGUUGUUUUUAUAAAAAAAAAUACAGUGUUACCAGAAUACAGUGGUACCUCGGGUUACAUAUGCUUCAGGUUACAGACUCCGCUAACCCAGAAAUAGUACCUCAGGUUAAGAACUUUGCUUCAGGAUGAGAACAGAAAUUGUGCUCUGGCGGCGUGGCGGCAGCAGGAGGCUGCAUUAGCUAAAGUGGUGCUUCAGGUUAAGAACAGUUUCAGGUUAAGAAUGGACCUCCAGAAUGAAUUAAGCACUUAACCCGAGGUACUACUGUACUUGGGAUCAGCUCAUAGGAGCAGGACCUGUCUUGUUCAGACCAUUGGUUCAGCUAGCUCUGUAUUAUCUAUCUAUGCUGACUGGGCAGUGGCCCUCAAGGGUUUCCAAUAGGGAAUCUUUCGCAGUCCUGCCUGGAAAUUCCAGCGAGUGAAAAUGGAACCUUCUGCAUGGAAAGCUUGUGCUCUUCCACUGAGCUACAGCCCUUCCCAGAAGCAGACAGCAGUGUGUUUGCCUGCCAUGGUGGCAGGCCCAGCAUCAGCAUGGAACCCACUGGGGCUGAUGCCUGGUUUGCUCUUCUAGCACAUUCUGUCACUACCCAAUACCUACUACCUGAAAGUGGUGGUCAGGGACAAACUGACAGGUUGGUUCCCAGUGUCUGGUGCCAAGUAAAUCCACUCGCUAUACAAGGGUGGAACUGGCUGUCUCAUCUGCUUCACUUUACACUCAUGAGUGGGCUUAGCUGGUGGCAGUGCCAUGGCUACCAGUGAGUUCACAGAGUGAGUGCAAAGGGAAUAAUAAUAAUAUUAUAAUAAUUUAUUAUUUAUACCCCACCCAUCUGGCUGGGUUUCCCCAGCCACUCUGGGCGGCUUCCAACAGAAUAUUAAAAUACAAUAGUCUAUUAAACAUUAAAAGCUUCCCUAAACAGGCCUGCCUUCAGAUGUCUUCUAAAAGUCUGAUAGUUGUUUUUCUCUUUGACAUCUGGUCAGAGGGUGUUCCACAGGGCAGGUGCCACUACCAAGAAGGCCCUCUGCCUGGUUCCCUGUAACUUGGCUUCUUGCAGCAAGGGAACCGUCAGAAGGCCCUCGGCACUGGACCUCAGUGUCUGGGCAGAACGAUAGGGGUGGAGACGCUCCUUCAGAUAUACUGGACCGAGGCUGUUUAGGGCUUUAAAGAUCAACACCAACACUUUGAAUUGUGUUCGGAAAUGUAUUGGAAAGGUGAGGCUGGCAGCUGCAGUAGUGCUGACGCUCAGAGGAGAUGGCUCUGAGGGGGGGUCAGUCAGCACUAAGGGGUAGUCUGCUGAGGGAAGAGCCCUGUAAAAUCUGAAACCAGGCUUGAAUGGUGAUGCUUCUGUGAUUUUCCUGCACUAAUCAGCCAUAGCAAGCACUGCUUCAGAGACUUCCAGUGCACCCUCAGGACAGUUAUCGCUGCCUGGGAAGUGAUAGAGAAAGUGAGAGGGUGGUUUCUGCCAAAUCCAACAUGAUGGUUUGAUUGCUUCCUCCCUUGUGGCAUACCAAUCUCUCUGGUAGCACACUUUGGGGGAUUCUGAAUAGAGAUCCCACCUGGUUACUACUCUCUUUCCUAGUUAGGAAGCAGUUUGACUCAUGCAACUGGCCUCACAUAUCCCCCCCCCCCCCCGUAUGCAGCCCCUUCUUGCAGAAAAAUAGCUGUCACACACCAAGUGUGAAUGGGCCUCCAGUAACGUGCUUCAAAGUAUUCUGGUCCUCCACUCAGGGUUAAUCAGGGGUUUGCAUGCAGAUGAAGGUGAUGGAUGGUUGGGGAAGGACCCUGUGUGAGAAGCAGGGAAGGAAAGAUCUCCCAGACUGUGAGGCUGGGAGGGUUCACCUCUUUCUGUGUGGGGCAAGUUAAGAUCUACCUGUAAGAGAGGACUUUGCAUUCUCCUUUUUCUCUUUUUUCUGUUUAGAUUAGUUUAUUUUUGUUGCAACACAUCAUGAAAUGUCUUAAUAAAAUUUUAUUGGGGAGAAAAGGAUUCUGGUAUGCAAUGUAGUUGGGAGGUGCUGCUAUUCUCCCUACACACACACACACACAUACCCUUCCAUGGUGCUGAAAUGUCUCCAUUCCUGUUUGAAGGGUUCUGUCGAUGACUGGCCUGACUCUGAUUGCUCUUGGAACAGGAGGUAUCAAGCCCUGUGUGGCGGCGUUUGGUGGAGACCAGUUUGAAGAGGAGCAUGUAAGAGUUUUGUUUCUUUUAUCCAUGUGGUUUCUUAAUGCUUUUUUAAACAUAGCACUUAGCAGGGAUGGUUAAUCCCUGACCUAUGGGCUGUAUCUGGACUCCUGAAGCAAUUCAUGGUGGUCCCAAACUACCAUUCCAACAAUUUGCCUUCUUUCUUAGAAAAAAAACCCUUAUAAAAAAACAUUGUCCAGCAGUUGACAUUAUUAAGUCCCACCGUUUCUCCAUUGAUCUGUUAUACAGCGGGGAGUGGGGAGGUGCUGUUGCUUCUUUUCACCUUCCAAAGGGUCCCUUCUACAUCUGACCUGGCAUCAUUCUUUGAAUGUUGGUGAUAUUGUUAGAUAGUCUCAGAGAGGUUUGGGAAACAGGAAGGAAUACUCUUUCCUGUUUCCUUUCUAAGACUUCCUGUCAGUGUUGCCUUACCAGAGGGAGAAGGAGCUCCUUUGCAAAAGAUAAAAAAGAAGCUGUGUUUCUGCUCCCCACGGCAACAAUGGAGCAGGAGCAGGCCCUCUCAUGCCAGCUUGUCUCCCUUCAUCUGCUGAGUGUGUGCCUGUAUAUGUACGCUGCCUGUUUAUCACCUUCUGCUGAGUGUGUGAGUGUGUGUACUGCAAUGCAGCCUUUGGAAUGGCGGUCAAACUCUCAAUGUGACUAUCAAGCCCCCUCAAAGGGUUACUCACCCCUGGCUCAUCAUUUUUAAUAAACAGUCAAAUGCAAUGUAAUGAACAUUCAUUCUUGACUCAUCCAUGCAAAAGAGACGAUAGCAAGGUUGCCUAUAUAAAGGGUAGCUUUGGGUAUUACUCAGAAGCUCUGUCCAUGAGAAGUGUGCAACUUGCUCAUCCUCUGUCCACAUCUAGGGGGCCUAGUAAGUUGCCUUAUGCCAUGUCAUAGGCCUUGUCUAAUGUAACCAAGCAUAGUUAAACUCUGUCUGGCAGCAGUGCUCCAAGGUCUCAAAGAGAGCAAGGUAUUUCUCACCACCUGCUACCUGAUUCAUUUUGCUGGUAAUGCCAGUGGCUGAACCUGGUGCCUUCUGCCUUCAAAGCAUGAGCUCUGCCUCUGAGCUAAACCUUUCCUCCCACACUUCUCUGAAGCCUCUGAGGAACAAACAGGAAAAUAUGCAGGAUUUGGUCACUGCUGCCAACUAUGGCUUGAGGUCUCGUAAAACAUGGACAUCUGUGGAAACAAAAUGGGAUGUCAUUGGACAAGCGCCACCUGAAGUUGCUUACUUCCAUUUAGUCCCUCCCUCCAUAUCUCAGAAAGCAUCAUUGACGGCACAGGUGACUGUGAGCUGCGGUGGUUGGAACUGAAGAAGCAGCAAAUGGAGUUCCUGCAUUCCUUUGCCAAAACUUUGUGCACACAAGGCAGAAUCUGUUUCCUUGGAACCUGUUUUUCCACUUCUUUGCCACCACUUACCCUAAGGAUACUCUCUCAUGCCAUCACGGAAGCUAGGCUGAAAACAGCUCUCUGAGCUCUUGGACGUUCCCAUUACCUACUACCCACCGUGGCUACAUGGAGAUGUCAAAUAGGCCUAAAUGGACCACUGUCCAAACUGAGAAGGAAACUCUGGCAUUAACAAUUAAGGAAACAAGUUGAACCUAUGCAACAAAAUGGUGCAAUAUGUCUCCUCUUAAGAGUUCAGGCCACUUCAUUUGCCCUCCUUCCCCAUUUUCCUUUUCCAACCAAUGCUCAGGAUGAUAUGGCUACUGAGCAUAUUCAGUUCUCAUUGUACUGUUUUGAGUGAGUCCUGCCCCCCAUAAUAUGUGUGUGUGUGUGUGUGUGUGUGUGUGUGUGUGUGUAUGCUGAACCUGCUGUUUCCCCAAGCAUGCUGAUACCUCCCUCUUUUCUCUCAGUUGCCCCAUUUUGAGUCCAUUGCUGUUGGCACUUGUCACAAAGUUCACUAUUAAAGUCAGUGUUGGGAACAUUAAUGGUGUCUGUGUUUCCAAUAAAAAUCAUGUGCAAAGCUGGUCAGUGCAAAUACACCUUGUAUUUCAUGCUGGUUUAAAGAACAACUCUCCCUUACUUUCCACUAACCUUGCAUACCUCUGCGUCCUAAUCUUCCUUUCCUCUCUUUCUCUGUAGUUUCAUACCCCCAAGCCCAGAGCAUGGGGAGUUUUUUCUACUGUGCAUGGCUUACCAGCACAAGGUGAAUGUGUGUGUAUUUAAAAUAAGAUUUCACCAAGGAAUUCUAUCUAUUACGUUACUAGCAGUUUACUGAAACACCUUGUAUUUUUUCUGUAGUGUUUCCCAUCCUAGCACAAACUGCAUUCACUUUCUCACAUAGCUCAUGAAACCUAAACAAUAGGAUACCUUCAGGAUAUUGAAAAUUCCUAGCAUCCCCCGAAAGCCUGUUUGUUAAUGAUCAGGCAGGCAAUAGUUUUGAUCAAACAUGAGAUUGCAUAUUUUCACAGCCCUGCAUAUCAUCUCUGUAGCUGCGGAUGGAUGUACUGAGUUAUUUUAUUGCAUUUUGGUUGUUUAUGUUUGCCUGUUGUUGGGGGGGGGGGAAUCAUGUAGUUAGCAUCUGGGCCUAUGUCAGAAAAUAAUAUUAGAACACAGAUAAUCAUAGAUUUAAGGUAUGGGGAAGUAUCAUUAUUAGGCAGAGAGCUGACAACAUAAGAAUCACACAAAUCAUGUAAUUUGGCUGGGGAAGGGAAAGACACAUAAAAGAUUUGUUUGAGUUUAGAAAAAGUAAUUGUAAUUGACAUUAGGAAUCUUCCUCUGCUUAUCUCAAAGUAGCAGCUCCUGAGGGUUAUAUCAUUCCCAGAAGUGCAACAUCUAUGACUAAUAAUAAUUAGUAAUAUUUUGUAAUCAACUUCUAAUUAACAACUAAUUAGUAUGUGAUUAUAACAAGAACACACAGCACUUGUUUUCAAAAUGCUUUGCAGAUUCCCUCCAAAUUAAUCACUGUGCUCUUGUCUGAGAGGUUAAGUAUUACCUUCCUGGGUUAAGUUGAUCUUUAGAAGUUGUUAAAAGCUAAUCGUUAAUGGAGACUAGGAGACCUUUGAAUGCUUCACCCCAAAAUUCCAAACUCUGAAUGAAGAAACAGCUGUUUUCUUUUGGAAGAUCAUUAUCAUGUGCACUCUGCUUCAGCGGUGUAUUCCUUAAGGAGGAUGUACUAAGGUUCACUUCAUAUGUAGGAAUGUAAGCAGGCAUUGAUUUGUGUUCUGUGUUCAUCGUACGCAGUAUUGUUUCUGCUCUGCUGCAUGUCAGCAUCCAACAAAAACUACAUUAUCUGUCUUGCUGUCCACUGUGGUGGAAUUUUACAUAAUUAAUUACAUUCUCGUUGCAUUAUUCGACAACAUUCCUUCCAGUGCAAAGGCCAUUUAUUGCAGUGCAAAGGAAGCACAGUGCAAAUGGAAGGGAACCCCAGCAACAAUUAUGCAAUCGUUUGCAGGCUGAAAACAACCACAAUGAAUACCAAUCCUAUUCGCUGGAUUGAUUUCCAUUCUGGACAUGCACUAAAUAAGCAAAUGUCAUUAAUUUCCCUUCCUGUUUCCAUUCCCAUUAGAAUUCUCCAACAUCCCUGCGAAAAGCAGGCAUGUGAGCAGACUCAUGUUUCUGCUUUCUGCGGGUUAUUUGGCCUGCAAAAAAGAGCAAGCGCAUGCAUUUACCCUGCAGGUUGCUGUGCUUCAAUUUAAUGUGCAUAGGUUCCAGAUGCACACUGAGAAGGGGAAUAACACUUGUCACACUUGACUUCUGCAAAGAAGGCAGGGUAGAGUAUCUUUCGCAGGGACUGGGACCUUGGUGUUCAGCCUACAGAGCAAGGGUGACCUGGCAGCUUUUAUACAGGCAGCACCACAUGGUUUAUUCUAGCCUACUGCUGUGAAGAGAAUUACUUGCUGUCUGAUGUGGCUCUUUUCCUUGUAGUUCUCCUCAGGCUGGAGCUUGUUAGAACUCACGGGAUGCCUACCUGCUGCAGGCCACAGAUUUAAGGCUUACUAUGGGCUUAAGUCAAUGCGUUUUUAUCUGGCAGGCAAAAUCCUUGACUUCCCUUCUUUUUGUCACUCAGCUUUAUGCCAAUUUCUUGACAUGCUGUUUAAAAUGAGCCACCCCAAACUAUUCAGUGUAUUGCAAUGUAACUUCCUGCCCCUGUGUCUUAGGACCACUUCUCCCAUUAUGCUUUAAAGUAAUGGGUGCAUUAUGGCAAGCUGGAGUAUAGACUCUGUGGCAAGGCAGGUAGGAUUAUGUGCAAAAAAAUGUGAUUGAGAAGGUUGUGUACAUACACAAGGCAUUGCAUUGCUGUUCUUUGCAUCAAACAUUGUAUCAAAUGCCUGUAUGGACCUCUUUAGGUACUCAUGGGCUGCAGCCAGCAACCUUGGCUAAUUAAGGGUUCCAAAAUUUAUGUAUACUGUUGUUUAAACAGGUACUUCAGAUAUUUAGGAUUAAAACUCCCAUCUGCCAUCAGUCAGCUGCUGUAGGAGUUGUAGUCUGAAACAUCUGGCAAAGACUGCACCAUCAUAGCACCUAUGACUCCCUCCAAAAUCAUAAGGUGCAGAACUGCCCUUACUCUGCAAAAGAACAUGUACAAAUAAGAAUUUCACUACCACUGCAAGAUGACAUGUCAUUUCCUCACCCUCACUACUGCCACUUAACAAUACAAUUCAUUUACACACGGUGGGGAGUUGUGCUUAAAAUAUUUACAGACUGUUGUCAACUGCUACCUAGCCUACGAAAUUCACUUCAAGAUAGAUGUAAAUUGUGCAAAUUGUGUUGAAUUGUUGUAGUGCUGGUCAUUCUGAAUCCUGCUCCAGAAAUUAUGACAAGCACAUUGAAAUCAAUUUGAACGCAUUUCAGAAAUCUACCACAUGUUCACGAUGGAUCCCUCACCUCUUCCCCACAUUAGUCUGUUUUCACAUGAUACCUGUGUUCUUGGGAUAUUUUAACACUUUCAUGACAAACCAUCUCUCCUGCAGUUCUGCAAUAUCAACUUUCAUGUCAAGACUUUUUGCAGCUUUUAACUGUUUGCAACGCCAUUAUGGAUGAAAGAGACAAUAGACUCCCCCAAAUGUUGUGAGUCCUGUGAGCUCUCUUGCUCCAUGCAAGUGGUGAACUGUCUGCAACCCACUGUCUUUGGGAUAUGAGAGUGGCUUUAUGACACUCCUGCAUGCCCAAGAAUGCAGCUUUACAAGCUCUGUGCUGCAGGCUGACCUCAAGCAAAAUAUGCAUCUGCAAGAAUGACUACAGCUUUCAAAAUGCAGUGUGGCAGAGAGUGAAAAUGCAUGUGCACAAAUAUCCAGAGUUUUUAAUUAAAGCAAAUAAUUGAGAAAGCAGCAUGGAAAUACAUCAGGAACUAAAGGGAUUUCAAAGCAACCAACAGAAAUCCACCAAAAUCCAAUUACACCGGAAUCCAAUUCUUGGAACCAAGAAAAUGGCAUUGACAAUGGGAUCUCUUCUAUAGGCUUCACACUUGGAUUGACUGACUCAAGAUUCGCUUUCUUUCCCCUCCGUGGCAUCAAGAUUAUUCAAGAGAUGUACCAGAUGUGAUUGCUCAUAAUGAGACAUACAUUUACAUCUUAAUUGUGGACUCCCAAGUUGGGAAGGCAUUUAGGUACGGAAAAUGCAUGAAGAACUAAGCCAGAAUCAAAAAAAAUAUGUCAAGGGGCUCAGGCUCAUGCACUGCCUUUUUGGAAAUUCACACCUCACUUUAUGGAUGCUGCCGCUGGGAAGUAACAAAGUGGGGAAUGAUCUUUGAAGUUUUCUUCUGCAACUGCUAAGUGUUGACAGAUGCAGUUGCUCAGCAGGUGCCUGUGCAUGGUCUGUGGGAGGCGGAAACCAGUGAAGUCAUCAAAACUGGUUAAUUCAGGCAUAAGAUGCUUUGGGGAUUUUGAGCCUGGUGAUCCUUUCACCUUCCCUCGAAUCCUAAUGAGAUCUCUAAAAAAGUCACCAGCCCAUGAUAUCCACAGUACAGCUUCAAAAGUCCAUGCAAAUGCUGAAAUCACGCUUUCAAAAGCUUGAGAAUGACUGCUGACAGAGCUUUAAGGCUAUAAGGUCCUUCAUGCAGCAUGGACCUCAAGCAAAAUAAAUAACUUCAAACAAGCUACAUGCCAAGAAUCCCAAGUGCCUUCAUAAUUUCAGAGUCCGUCUUGAAUACCAGAAAGCCCCAAAUGGAUAGCAAUAUGCUAAAGCAAGUGGAGGCGGUGCAUCAUUUACAUCAGUCUGUAUAGGCGCAGGCUAGAGAUAGGGGAGAAAUUGGAUUCAGUUUGCAUUUAAAGCCAAAUUUAUCAAAUUUGCACUUUCUGAAACAGUAUGAGAUCUGAAACAGCCAUCCUUCAGAAUUCACAUUUAUCUGAAUUUUGCGAUGCAGUGCUCUAACCAGCUAAUGUAUACCAAAAAAGGGCAUAUAUUAGGUGACAGUAUGCAUAAGCAUGAAUAUAUUAGUGAAAAUAACAUUCAAUAAUUCAUUAUAUUAGGCGAAAUUGCUCACAAAAAUGUGUUUAUUUGGAGAAAUUCACACAUGCAGAAGAAUUUCAUGAGGAUUAAAAAGAAAAAAGAAAAUCCACAAAUUGCUGCCGAAAUGUAGAGAACUGAUUUUAAGAAGGGAUCAAAACUGACAGACCCUUCUACCCCUAGCCACAGUCACCAGGACAAGCACCAAAAAUGGUCUUACACAGGGAUAGCCAAGGUGGUGUCCUCCAGAUGUUUGGGACUAUAAUUCCUGUCAUACCCAGUCAAUGUGGUGAAGGGUUAGGGAUGACAGAAGGUGUAGUCCACAUCUGUUGGGACUCACCUUGGAUAACCCCUGUCUAACAGCAGUUAGCAAACCUUGCUCAGUCUUGGGUUUGUGGAUAGGCUGUAAGGAACCACUGUUGCCUUCAAAUUGUAGGGCUAUGGUCCGAUAGUUGGUACUGGGGAUUAUUUAGUUCAAGGGGCUAAUAGGUAAGUGGAUGAAGCCGUAGCACAAUUUGUCCUUUAACAAGCAAGUUAAAGAGUUAUGGUGAAAAGUCGUUUGCAAAAUCUUAAUAUUUAUUUUCGUUACUUGUAUUUCUGUAUAUAUAAUUAGUAAUCCGGAAACCAAAUUCAACUGCAGAAAAUUACAUUUGCUAUACUUAGUGUGAGCAAAAAGGUUUCUGUGCAUACUAAUUAUGGUCAACAGCUCUUGAUUUUUAUAAUUAAGCUAUAGGGUAAGCUUGGACUUUCUUUUCUGUUUAUAGAAAAUGUGGCUAAGCCAUACUUCCCUUUCAAUAUUACUGUAUUCACUCAAAAUGAAAUUCAGCUGUUUCCAGAUGACCCCAGUUCAUCCUGAUUUGUUUAUAGGGAGGCUAGAUGAUGUCAGCUAUUCACUGAACAUUGAAUGUGGUGAGGUUAAACAAUGCUGCAUUUUCCCUGUGACUUUCUUUGUCAUAAAACGUUCAUGGGGUGGGGUUUGUUGUGCAAGACCUUCCAAGCACCUGUAAUUAGACAAUCAUAAUUUGCCAGCAUGUGAUUUAAUCCCACCCCUACAUAGUGACCUCCUGCCAACCUAGCAGUUCGAAAGCACGUAAAAGUGCAAGUAGAUAAAUAGGUACUGCUCUGGCGGGAAGGUAAAUGGCAUUUCCGUGGGCUGCUCUGGUUCGCCAGAAGCGGCUUGGUCAUGCUGGCCACAUGACCCGGAAGCUGUACUGGCUCCCUUGGCCAGUAAAGCAAGAUGAGUGCUGCAACCCCAGAGUCGGUCAAGACUGGACCUAAUGGUCAGGGGUCCCUUUACCUUUACCUUACAUAGUGACAAUCUGGAAGCAAUCAUAGAUUCACACUUACCAGAAUUUUGUGAUACAGUGCUCCAAGCACAAAGCAGUUACAAAAAUGCAUAUAUUAGGGGAAAGUGUGCAUAAGAAUAAAGCUGUUUGUGGAAGUAACAUACAAAAGUGCAUUGUAUUUGGGGAAGAUGCUUGCAAACAUCUGUACGUUAGUCAUAUUAAAAUACGUUCUUUAGGAGGAAUUGGCACUAAAAUGCUGACACAUUUAAAAAAGAAUUCUUAAAUAGCUGCAAAAUUUGGAGAACUGAUUUUAAGAUUGGAAAAAUAAGAAACUGAGAGAACCUAGAUAGAUAGAGCCUUUCAUCUGCAGUACCAGGUUCUGUCUGAAUGUUGUUGUUCAUGAAUAAAUGCAACUAUUGACGUUUUCCUGACUCCAGCUGUUUCCUGGACAGACCCAUUGCAAGAUUUCCUCACACAAUGAAUACCCUUCCCAAACCCACAGAAUACUUCACUGUCAGCAUAAAAAGGUCUUUGGAUACAACUGAAAGUUCAAAGUGAGGGCGCUCGCCAGAUCUCUGCCAUAAGAGUCUGCCACAGCAUGGGACCAGUAUGCUGUGGACCCCAACUUGUUGUUGAAGCCAGCUGGUCCUCUGUAACAUGAGGGACAACAAACAGCAUUUCUCUGUGUGAGCUCAGUGAGCAAGCUGAGAUAUGAAAAGCUAAAAUCAACAAAGGCACUUUCAAUUUCAUUGUAAAAAUAAUCAGAGAGAAAGCCUAAUAGAUGAGCAGGGGGAGGAUGUUCCAGAGACAAAGCACCAUGAUUGAGUCCUAUCUCUUCUUGCUGUUCACCUCCCCUCAGAAGAUGGAGGCUCUCUGAUCAGGUCCUCCAAAGAAGAUAUUAAAGGUUGUGCAGGCUCAUGAAGGAGCUUUACCUAAAUAUGAAAGCAUUUUGGGGUAGUAAAUUGGCACGAGGAAGGGUGGUCUACAAACUGGCGAAAAAUAAAUAAAGGUUUGCUGUUGCACCUCUUAAAAAUUAUUAAGAAAAUAAUAUUUGGAUUCCACCCAUUCAUUAUCAUAGUCUGCCUGUGAAACUCUACAACCUUGAGCACUGGAAGGUAGCUCUGCACAUAAAAAAUCUAUAUGGGGCAAUUUCUCAUUACCGUAUAACGAUUUUGAACCUUUUUAUAAAUUAAAUAACCGCAGGAGUUCAUGUAAAAAGUGGAGCAGACAUUUACAUAUAUUGCUCUCCCUCCUGCCAUCUUCUCACGUCGAAAUCACCCUGUGCCAGUACAAAGAGAAGUGAGUCUGCCUAUUAUUUUUGCCAACUUCAGAGUCAAUAAUAGUGAGAGGUGCCAUUAGAGCAGCACUUUGGGGCAAACAGAGAGGGGCCCCACUCAGCAGGAGGAGCUACAAACACAGCAGGGCUGGCUUCCCACACUUUAAAGUACGUGAAGUAAUGCACAUUACCAUCUUAAAGAGUCCCUUCUCUAAGUCCAGAAUCAAAAUCAUCUAACUGUGCUACUCACAUUAGAGUAUAGCUGAAUAGCUGUAAAUUGGCCAAGGCUUCUGAGCACAUAUUGAGUCUGAGUUUUUUUAUUUCGCUGGUGGCUCUUUGCUCUGCUCUGUCAUCCACAGUUAAAUAAGUGAUUGUGAAACCUGAAUCUUUGGCCUAUUACCUGGAAACUUGUUGCUCUUGCCUGGUUCUAACUUCCUGAGCUGGGCAACUGGAACACUUUUGAUUUCGAUGGCUUAUUUUUAGUUGUGUUCUGAUUAAUGAAAAGGAGCAGCCAUAAGAUUCUGCAUGGCUUUGCUAGCUUUUUUAGAAUGCCCUGGCAUAAGGCAUGGCUGGCUGGCUGGAAUCCACACUGUAGCAUUUUGUUGUAAAUUCCACCUGUAUCUGCAUGUAAUGCAUAUUAGUAAUAUCAGUUCUUCUUCUGUGCUCCUGGUUAGCAUAAGCAAAAGUUAGCAGCCCCUUGAAUUUGUCUAGCAAGGAUAUUUUUAGCCUACAGAAGUAGGUUCCGUUGAAAUAAAUGAGCUAACACUACGAAGCAAAUGUACUUAAGGCUGAAAUGUAAUUUAUAUAAUCCCAAUUAUUUCUUGCCUAACUAUGGCUUCACUUUGCCAACUUCUUCCACCCUUUUCCUUAUCUGAUCUGUUGGUGUAUGCUUUUUAUAAUGAAUAUGUUUCUUUUCCUAUUUAUGUUUUUUGGGAGAAUAUUGCCUAGACAUGAUGAGCUGUCAAGCACUGCCAAAUUGGAUUGAAUGAGGCUAUAUUGGGACUCAAUUAAAAUGCUCCUUCUGAAUAAGUAACUGCUACUCUCUUUGUAAAUCCCCCUCCCUCCAUCAUGCAAAGAGAAGAGAAUCUUUCCUUCUACUUGUGUGUUUAUAUAGAAGUGUGAAGAAAGAGAGAGAAUCUAUAUCUUGCCUUGAUUUUAACCUUGCAUUUUAUUUUAGGUCAAUACAAAUGUAUAAUUCAUAGUGGAGUGGAAUUGAUGGAGCCCCAUUGACAAAUCCAUUUCUAUGUUUCUAAGCAGUGUUUAAAAAAACCUCUGAUGUUGAUUUGAUCUUCUUUCUUUUCAGGGCCAGGAAAGAAGCAAGUUCUUCUCUGUCUUCUACCUGUCCAUUAAUGCAGGAAGUCUGAUCUCUACUUUCCUUACCCCUGUGCUGAGAGGUCAGUGUUGAUUAACAACAUGGAUGGAUGAUAUUCCCCCAGAUAUUGUUGGGCUACAACUCCCAUCAUUUUUGACCAUUAGCCAUGCAUGGUGCGGCAAUAGGAGCUGGAGUCUAAGAACAUCUGAAAGGCCACCGGUUUCCCAGCAUUGAUUUAGAAUGAAGGUGGGAAUUAGAUGCAGCAUGACUAUCCCACUCCCUUAGCUAAUUGGGUUUUCCUGACUUCCACGUGAAUAAAAUCAUAUGUCUGUUUAGAGUGACUAGACCACUGUGAUUCUGCUGAAAGAACAGAGAGAAGUUGUUUUUAAAACGGGAUACAAUUUGUAUGUACAGCACUGGAACUUGGAGGGCUCCACAAAGAACACAACAGAACCCCAUUCCCCCUUAAGGAGGCGGAAACAUAUGGAUGACUCUUUAGAAACAGUGCCAGGGCAGUCUGGGGAAUGGGAGGCAUGGAAGCAGGAGGUCCACCUAACCAGCCUUCUCUACUUGGGGAAGGAUUGCAAAUGUGGAGUUCAGGUUCCUUGAGUGAGUGGAUCAGAGAUUAGAGGACAAGGUGGAGAUCUCAGAGUUGCACAUGGACCUCCAGUUCACCAGAACAGCAUGGUAGGCUGAAUGCCUGUGCCUAUGCUUAUGCACUAUAGUGGGGUGUGGGGAGAGAAAAGGAGGAAACAAUGCUCUUUUAUCUGGUAGGGAGAUUCCUUCAUGUGCAGGUGCUGUACCCAUGUUUCAAAGGACUGUGUCGUGUUUGUUUGUUUAUUUGUCUGUUUGUUUUAAGUACCAUAAGAGUUUCUGUGAUAUAAACAUUGAAGAGAAAAUGUGAUUGAGUAAGCUCAGUUAUGGAUCCAACUUGCAAUACAAUACAAAUCUUUAUUAUGGCCAUAGACCAGCAUUUAAAAUCUGAAAAAGCGCUUUAGAAAGCUAAAAGGUAUUAAAGCACAAGGUGAAUAUAAAAGUCUAUAAGAAUUUUAAAGAAACUAAAAGAAUCCAAAAGAAGGGUCAGGAACAUUGGACGGGUGUGGAAGAGCACAAAAGGUUGAUAUAUAAAGGCUUUAACUAUUACUUAAAGAGCACUCUGAUAUGUUAAUUAUAACUGAUUUAUGGCACAGGUCAUCCUCCUAUGACUCUGGAGUGCUGCUAUGCAGAACCUAGCAACACUAUACGUUGCAGCAGGAUCCAACUUGCAUUUUCCCAGCUUCUGCUCGUGAUCUUUAUUCCAUUCCCAAACAGAAGGGCUGCUACCCUCAGACCAGCACAGAGUUCAGUACUCUAAAUCCCAUUGAGUUAAAAGCACAGAUUGGGCUAUGACCAACAGAUCUGGGACAAACAAAAUGGUAGUCAUUACAAGAUAAUGCCAGCCUGCCAGAGAUGCCAUGCUCUUUUGCUUGUCCUAUAUUGUUUCACUGAAGGGAACAACGUAGGAAGGAGGAAAUAUAUUACAGGGAGUCAGAUAAAGGAGUUUUCCCUCCUGGUCUCAUCUUCUCCAAUAGAGAAGACAUGACAAAUACUGUAGAUUCUGGCAUAUAAGAUGACUUUUUAACCCCGGAAAAAAGGUUAAAAAGUCGGGGGUCGUCUUAUAUGCUGGGUAUGGCUGCAGUGGGCGGCAGGCUCCACUCCACACUGGGAGGAAGCUGCCCGGUGAAGCUGCCCAGCGAUGCUAAGCUGGCUUCGCUGGGCGGCUUCCUCCCAGCACGGAGCCCGAUGCCCACUGCUAUUUCGGAAGCUGCCAAAGCUGCCGCCGCCGCAGUGGGCAGUGGGCUCUGCUCCGCGCCAGGAGGAAGCUGCCUGGUGAAGCUGCCCAGAAUUAUACAUUCUGGAGUGUGCCCAGAGAAAUAAUUUAGGAUAAUAACAUAAUACCAAUUUCUCUUCUACAUCACAGCAACUUUCAGGAGCAUUAUAGAUUUGCAAAAGUUUUUAGUUAAUGUGCCAAACUGAGUAAAGUUCUCUCCUGACCACCAAGUUGCAAAAGCCCAUUUCAAUCAAAACAUCACUACCACCCUGAUAUUUAAUAUGUCCAAGUUAGGCCAAAUGCCUCCCAUUUCUUGCUUCGUGUUUUGACUUCUCUAUUUGGUAGCAGGAGUAUGAUAGCAACGUAUUGAGAACAGUUGAGAUGUUGUUAGGGCCAGGCCACGUUCAUUCUGGGAUCUUCAAAACAGCAGUAGAGGCAGAAUUAUGCAGCUUGCUCUGCGUUAGAGAAUAUAGAAAUCUGCCAUACAUCAUGUCAGACUGUGUAGAUCAGCACUGUCUACACUGGCUGCCAGCAGGUCUCCAGGAUUUGAGACUGGGAUAUUCCUUGCCCUACCUGGAAAUGCCAGGGAUUGAAAUUGGGACCUUCUUCCUGAAAAACAGAUGCUCUACAACUUCAUUAUGAUCUUUCUCCAUACUGUAUAUGUUCUUUCUUGAGAGCUGGUGGAACGCAGCAUGACAUCACCUGGUGAGCAUAAUCUAGUGGGAUCACAAGUUUGCAGACCUUUGUAAAUCACAUUGCCUUUGACUUUGUAUGGCCACCUAUCCAUAAUCAUCCAGCGAGACCUAUGCCAGAAAACACUGCCCUAAAGUUCCCCGGCCAGUCUCCCACCCAUACACUGACCAGAUAGACCCAUUGAGCUUCAGCAAAAUUGUUGUGUUCUGUGUUUUCAGCCCAUGUCCUGAGAUGCAAGGAGUGAAAGCAGACAGAACAAGAGGUUACCUUUAACAUUGCACAGAGCAGCUCUCAGGAUAAAAACAAUCACAUCCACAGGAGCAAAGAGUGGACAGUUUGUGUGUCUUGUGUGUUGUUUUUGAAACCUAUUUAAUGUCUGGGGUUGGAUUGGGAACUUGCUUGCCUUCUAUAUUUAAUCUAAAGUACAAGGCAGAAAGCAAAGCUAUUUACCUGUGUCAACACUGGUAAGUAGCUGCUGCUCAGAACAUUUUGUAGCUGAUUGAAAAGGAAGCUUCUUUUAGGCUCUGCAUCUUAUAUCAACACAGGUCAAUGCCAGGACAAAUAAAUAUUGUGGCAUGGUGCAGAGUGGAAUGAGGAUGUUUGGUUCUUAAGAGUCUUCCUUGAAGAGAAAAAAGAAGCACAUUCCCUUUAAAACUUGGCUGUUUUGUGUGGUCUCUGUGGCUACUAUAUUGACCAAGCCAAUGUCCCAAACAGCUAAAAACGUCCUCUGGUGAAAAUCAGAAAUAACAUGGGCAGUUCUGGACUAUCAAAUUUCAGCUUAUGCCUCUGAAAGCAAAAUACUGUAAAUAACCCAACAUUAGGCACAAACACAAAGGCAGCAUUAUAAACUUUAGAUAAAUAUGUCACACAUUAAUAAUGACCAGUAUUUUUUUUUUUAUCCUGUUGGUGUUCAGCUGUGAAAUUGUUUUGUUUUCAUUUGUUCCAGUGCAGAACAAACAGCAUCUUUGCAACCACUUCUCCUGGAAUAUUUGUAGCUGGGUGUAUGUAACCCUUGAUUCAGAAGUUGGGCCACAUUCAUGAGUCUAGAGGUUUCUCUCUGACUUUCACUGUGUUCUGGCUUGAGUACUCAGCCAGGAGAGCCUGGGACUCCAGUCUGGAUGCCUGGGUAACUGUUCCCUCCCCAUCACUUUCACACCUACUGCAUAUAUCCAGGCACACACUGUUGGGAAGUGUUCUUAUCAACAAAGUAAUGUUGUGGCUUUUGGAGUCAGUGCAAUGUUAAGGUUUUGUGUAUGGAAGAUUAAUUAAGGCAGGAGCUGUCAACAACCAUUUUGGGGCAAGUUUGCAGAUUGGAUAAAUGGGCACACAUUUAAAGCACAUCCAAUGCACAUUUGAAGCAUACAAUUCCACCCCCCAAACCAAGAAACUUGGCCCUUCCCAGAUACAGCAAUUCCCAGCACCCUUAACAAACCAAAUUUCCCAGGAUUAUUGCAGGGAGAGUUAUGUGUUUUAAAUGUGCAUGAGAUGCACUUUUUAAAGUCAUUUGCACCACACACACACAUCACAACCUAGCACAUACCAUAACCUAGCCUAUUGGCUACAAUAAAAUGCUUCUUUUGAGUUUAAUUUCAAUGAAUGUAGGGGAAACUGCAGGCACCAGAGAAAGGUUCUGUGGGCACAUGUGAGCCUACAGGUGCCCUUGACUUUAAGCACCAGUUCAUACAAUUUUUUAAAUAUUAUUCAUUACCCACCCUUCACCAGCUGGCUCUGGGGCAGGUUACGACAAUUUUAAAAUUCAACAUUAAAAUUAGUUAGAACAAAUUACAGUCACAGGAAUUGCCCUCAGAAUGCCACAUCCUGAGAAGUCUUAGAAAGUGAGCAGAGCCCUAGGCACGUUAUUUCCUGAUCUGCAUACAUUCUGAGCCACUCACAAAACUGAUGCAGUGCAUGCAGGUAUACUAAGGAAAACCUGUCCUGUGUUGACUUCAAGCAAAGAAAAAGGUGGUAAUGGGCAUCUCUUUUUAUUAUGGCAUUGGAAGGAAGGGUGGGAAUCAGAAUUGAAACAUGAUGAAAGGGAGUUCUGUUUCUGCUUCUCUUAGGUGAUGUGGAGUGCUUUGGUGGAGACUGCUAUGCCUUAGCUUUUGGUGUUCCUGCUGCUCUCAUGGUCAUCGCUCUCAGUAAGUAGGUGGUGCUGUAACAGAGCAGCGGCAGUGCUAACAUCUUAUCUACCCCUUUGCAAUACUGUAUUGCUUGAAACAGAGCAACUGGAUGUACAGUCGCUCACAGCAGAGAAUCAGUGUCCACCCAGAGGCCCGGAGAAAUGCUGCCUUUUGCUUUGGAGAGAACAAUCUGUGCAAUGAAAAAGGCAGUGUUUCCUACCACCACCCACCACCCACCCCAGCUUCUAUUUGUCUAGCUGCUUUAAUGCCUUCUGGAAUAGAAGUCUUCCCAGCAAAGACUAGGAGAUGCCACUAGACAGCAGCUGAUGUUGCAGGAAUGGUCCCCCUUCACACACACCAAACAAAACCCAACAACAUGCCAGCAGAAUCCUAGAAGCCUCCUGUUUACCACAUGGUUCCUUUGUAUUCGUGUACUGUGCUUAUUGGAUAUCAUCUGACAUUACUGUUUAAAAAGUACAUCACAGAAGCAGUCAAGGGAAAACAUGCCAGCAAAUGCUGCAGUUCUUUUCUUUCACUUUUUUUUUUUUAAAGUCUACCCAAAAUGGAUUUGUUGCUGUUCCUGCUAUUUGUUGAUAUGGCUGCAGAUCCUUCAGUGAUAUGAGGUGGGCACAACUAAGUUUCAGAGCAUAUAUUGGAAUGGACCAAAGCUAAGAUUUUAGUUAGUUCCCUUCCCCCUCCAAAUUGGGUUAUUAAUAAUUAUGGCUCAAGGUACGCACGCACACAUGUGCGCGCGCACACACACACACACACACACACACACACACAGAAGCCCAGAUUAAAUGCCAAUUCAAAGCAUGCUUCUAUUUUACUUGUGUGUUUCUUUACAUGUAUACUGUGUGCAUGCCAACACAUGCCUGCGAUAGCAACAAAAUUAAAUGCCAGAACAAAUCAGAUGACUGGACCAUUUAGUCCAGUAUUUCAUUUGUUACAGUGACAAAUGAAAAAAAUAAUAAUCAGAUUUUGAGUAUUUUUUUAUGCAUGGUGGUUUUCAAAUCUGCUCUUGCUUGUGUUGGGUUAGGCAAAAUUUAAAAACUACUUUGUCCAGAAUGCUCAAUCGCACCACAGAUGCCUCCCUCCAUCCCACAUCGUUCUCUUCUCCAUGAGCAAUUAAGCACAACGUAGAUAGUGGGGACAUCCGACAAAGCUAAGUGUUGGAAGUUUCAGGGCAGACAAAAGAAAAUGCUUCUUCACACAGCACAUAGUCAAACUAUGGAAUUUGCUCCCGCUGGAUGUAUUAACGGCCACCAACUUGGAUGCAUUUGAAAGAGCAGCAGAUGAAUUCAUGGAGGAUAAAGCUGUCAAUGGCUACUUGCCAUAAUGGAUGCAUUCUCCCUCAUCUGUCAGAGGCAGCAUGCCUCUGAAUACCAAUUGCUGGGGAUCUUGCUGUUGUGCUCAGAUUAUUCUCAAUGGCUUUUGCUGGGCUUCCAAUUUAGCCACUCCCAAAACAGGAUGCUGGAAUAGAUGGGACUUUGGCCUGGCUCUGCAGGGCUUUUUGUAACUUCUUGUGUUGAAUUAUGGAGUGGAUGUGCAGGUGUAUGCGCCAGCACCUCCUCCACACUUUAUCCCCCCCCCCCGCAUUAUUUGAACACCUAAAUAAAGUUUAUAGCAAUCAAUGUUUGGGGACACUUAGAUUUUUUUAAAAAAUGCAUUCUUUGUCUCAAUGGACACACUCUUCGUAAGAUUUCUAAAGCAGUGGAAAGUGCUUCUGCUUGGUCAAGGUGAGGCACCUGAGUUUUGACUGUGCAUCCUGCCUACUGAAUCCCUCUUUGCCACUUUCCGUUCUAUUCUGAAAGGUCCCUGUACCCCCAGGACCAACUAUGAAAGUUUCUUCAUGCAGAUGCCUAGCUACAUUGGAUGUGCAGUAACUCCUUUUACAUUCAAACCACACUUCUUUUAUAGUUGUGUUUAUUGCUGGAAAUGGAAUGUACAAAAAGACUCCACCAGAAGGAAAUAUCUUACUCGAAAUUUGCAAGUGUAUUGGGGUAAGUGUGUUUCUUAGAUAUCCUUUUCAUGCAUGACUCUGAGAUUGUAAAAUCAUAUUUUUCACAUGUCUGACCCUGAUGUUAAUUGAUUAGCCAUAUGAGUUUUACAGUGCAAUCCUAUAUAGAUUUGCUUAGAAAUAAAUUCCACUGCAGUGGAAUCAUGCCCACUGCUGCUGCUUCUGGCCUCUAUGUUGCACACAAACAGGCCCUGGGCAGAAUACCUGAUCAACACAAUGAAGCAGAGGAGGGGCGGGCAGCCAACAUUAUCCUGCUCCCUGCUGGAUAUACUGAUUAUCUCCACUCUUUCAGUCAUCUGCGUAGGGCUUUUAUGUCAAUGAUUCCAAGAGCCAGCUUCAGAUUGGAGAAGGGACUUUAGCCAAGUAGCCAUUCAGACUCAAAGGUAAUACAUGGGAAUAUUUUGUCCAACUUCUCUCAAAGCAUAACUGCAUGUUGGAUCUAAACCAGAGGGCUUGGGGCCAAAAACGUUCAUUGGCUCCGCUGCUCAACAUCCAGAAUGGCUCCCUACCAUCCAUCAUCCUGAUUAGUACUACUUUACUCCAGCACUGAGGUCACUGUGACAAUUUGCACAACAAGGCAUUUGAGGCUUAAAAAAAAAAAGAUUAGGAAAAAUAUAACUCAGGGGUGUGAUGCAAUGGACAUGUGAAGAAUUGUGAAUGGUAUGAAUGGUUAUAUUACAUCACUUUCUCAUUCUCCCCUUCCUAGCAUAUUAGAAUUCAGGGUUAAUGAGUGAAAUUGAUUGGCACUGUAUUAACUGCAGUCAAAAUAAGUUGUUUCCCAUACAAUCAUUAGUACAUAAUUAUCAUAUGAAAUUCAUCACCAGAAGGUGUGGUGAGGGCCACUAGCUUAAGGUGGUUUCUUAAAAUGGAUUAAAUAGCUUGCUAGGGAAUGGGUUGCUCAGUGGCUAUCAGCCAUUACAGAUAAAUGGAAAUUCUCUGUCCAAAGGAAGUGCAAUUGAUGAUGAGGUGCUGGGUAUGGCUGCCUCAAUAAUCAUCACACCCUCCUCAUUAACAUAGGGUUGCCACUGCAGUGAGUAGGGCUCUCUGGGGAUCUACUGUUGAUCCUCUGGGCCUCCUGACACUUCUGUACCUUAUCGCUGCUGUCAUUGUUCAUCUGCCUCCUCUGGACAUGCAAGGAGUGAGGAGAGGGAGGAGGAAAAAACAGCAUCCUUCACUUGCCUUGAAUUCUCCAUCUGGGUCUUGAAGGAGAGGGAAAAUAAUGGCCAAUGACAACAGCAGCAAGGAGGAGGUGGACUCUCUCAGGGAUGGGGCCCACUUGGAGUUGGCAUUGGGCCACUGACAAAAUGUUGGGGUGAAUGAAACUUGGUCCUACUUUUCAAGGACAGGAAACUUUUCUCUAUCAUCUAGAUUUUCCAGAUCAACAUUUCCAAAAUACCGUAUUUUUCGCUCCAUUGGACGCACCGGACCAUAGGACGCACCGGAUCAUAGGAGGGGGAGAACAGGGAAAAAGAUUUUUUUUCUUGUUCUCCCCCUCCAAAACAAGGUGCGUUCAAGGUACAUUCACCAGAGCUUGUGGGGCUGGCGGUGGGGGGAAGCGCUGCUUUCCCCCACCGCCAGCCUCAAAGAUCCCUGAAGCCUUUGGAGCGCAGCGCCCCGCUGCCCUGCAGAGGUUUGCGCGCAGCCGUCCCCAAGCUAGAGCAGCGAGACGGAGCCCUCCGUCUCGCUGUUCUGGCUUGGGAACAGCCUUGCUAGCUUCUGCAGGACAGCGGGGUGAAGGCACCCCGCUGCCCUGCAGAGGCUGUGCGUGCAGCCGUCUGCUCUAGCUUGGGAGGGCUGCGCGCAAACCUCUGCAGGGCAGCGGGGUGCCUUCACCCCGCUGUCCUGCAGAAGCUAGCAGGCUGUUCCCAAGCCAGAACAGCGAGACGGAGCGCUCCGCAGUGCUCCGUCUUCCUGUUCUGGCUUUGGGCUUAGCGGCGCAGCCUGCAUUCGCUCUAUAGGACGCACACACAUUUCCCCUUAGUUUUUGGAGGGGGAAAUGUGCGUCCUAUAGAACGAAAAAUACGGUAAAUAAAAGGCAGAACCUAUAAAUUAGGGCUCUUUGUAGAUGACCUAAUGGUCACAACACCAGACCCCAUAAGCAUAGCAACCUCCCUAAUCAGAGAACUCAAUACAUUUGCAAUGGUGUCGGGCCUACAGGUAAAUUUUACAAAGUCAGAAGCUAUGUGCUUCAACACCCCUCCUCACACCCAAAAAGAACUCACGAAGGUCACCAAAAUAAAACUUUGCCACACCAAGUUCAGAUACCUAGGGGUACAAAUAACCAGAAACCUCAAUAAAUUGUACCUCCACAACUACAAGCCGCUGUGGCGACAAAUUAACAAAGACCUAAAGAGAUGGAAUAACAUGAACUUCACUCUCUCAGACAAAAUAGCCAUUAUCAAAAUGAUCAUACUCCCAAAACUAACCUACCUAUUCCAAACCCUCCCAAUCUGGAUCCCCUCAACCCAACACCGCAGUUGGCAGAGAAAACUACACUCUUUCAUCUUCUCACAUAAAAAACCAAGAAUAAGCCCCAAAUACCUGCACCUCCCCACCUCAGAAGGAGGAUGGGGAAUCCCCAACACAGAAGCAUAUUACAUUGCCAACCAAAUACGCCAUAUAAUCCCAUAUAUACUCGAAGAUGAGACAAAACAAUGGGUACACCUAGAGAGGGACACAAUUGAAAAUACCUGCACCACAACAUACCCACUCCUCCCAAACAAACUAAAGAAAAUUCCCACAACACUCAACAGGUAGACACAGACCAUGCUCAAAGCAUGGAAAACACAAAUAGGCAAACUAUCCCCAACCCCAUCCCCACUAAUCCCCCUGGCGUACCACCCAUUAUUCCACCAUGCAGCACAAAACCUCCAGAUAAAACCUGGCGAACCAAAGGCUUAUAUUGCCUAAUAGACUUUUAUAAAAAUAACAAACCUUUGUCAACACAAGAAAUACAAGACAAACUAGAAGACACCCAAAUGCCCUGGUUAACACAACACCAACUACAUGCCCUCUUAAACAACCCAACAGUAAAAUUAGCAGCAACUAGGCCCCUGACAACCUUCGAAAACCUCCUCCUAACAACAAAGGGAAACGGUAAAGGGACGGUAUCCGCAAUAUACAAAAUACUACUCCAAAAUCCCACAAACCCCUAGACGCAAUCAAAAAACAAUAGGAGAAUGACAUAGGCUAUGAGAUUAACCCCACUCAAUGCACCAGAAUGUGGUCUAAACCCCCCUUUAAAUCCAUAUCAACGAAAAGAAAAGAACUCACACUGAAUCUCACCUACAGGUGGUACCUAACACCAAGGAAACUAGCGCUAAUACGCCCAGGAACCUCACCAAAAUGCUGGAGAGGGUGCACCUUCACAGGCACAUACCUCCACAUGUGGUGGGAGUAUCCCAAAAUCCAACUAUUCUGGACAACAGCCAUACGAGAAAUAUGUAAAAUACCUAAGCAAGUAUUAGAUAUCACCCCAGAAUUGGCCCUACUAAACAUCUUCCAAGACAACAAUGCCCAUUUACACCACAAAGAACUCAUAACCCACCUACUUUCAGCAGCCAGAAACACCAUAACCAGACACUGGAGAGACCUGUCAGGAGUAAGCAUGGACCAAUGGUACCAAAUAGUAUGGGAAACAGCCCUACUAGAAAAAUUAACUAAUAAACUGAAACUGACACGGGGACAAACAGAAGAAGACGCCUUCACCCCGGUAUGGCUCCCCUUUAUCACAUACACAGCCCAACAAGACAAUGACAAUAAUCCACCAACAGCAUACAAAUCAAUAUGGCUAACCUGAUCCAAAACACCCACCCACCUCACUCACACACGAAAACAAAGAUCACCACAGCCAAUCACACCCUAGGCCAACCCCAACCUCUCUCACCACCAAAGGAACACAAGUAACGCUGACACCAAACUCUACAUACAUUAAGCAUAAUAGAAACAUCGCCACCCGACCCCACCCCCAUCCAUCUUCCCUCCCCCCACUCCCCCUUUCUUUUUCCUUUCUUUCUUUUUUUUUCUUCUCCCCCUAAUGCCUCAACAAAUGAAAUGGAUUUGUAAAAAUGUUACAUGGAAAAAAAAUAUGAGGCAUUACACUUACUUCUGUAAAACAAGAAAAUCCUUAAUAAAAUAUUAGAAAAGCAAAAAAAUAAUAAUAAAAAAAUCCAAAAUAAAGGACACUGCAGAUAUGCGGUCAACUACAGAUAUGGAGCUUACCAGCAGCUUUUUUCUUGUGAAAAGAAAAAGACCAAGAAUUGCAGGAACAAUAUCAAGCAUGCCACGCAUGCCAUGAUUUGCUUUGCUGGACAAAGGGGUUUAGAACCCAAGGCCUUAUUCAUACAACAAAUGCCAUUACCCAGAAAAUAAUAUCCUUUGUGUCUUGUGGAAGUCAUCCAAUGAAUCAACGAAAAGGAUGAAACCUUAUUUAAGACAGGGAUGAGGAACUCGUGGCCUUCCAGAUGUUGCUAGACUGCAAUUCCCAUCGUCCCUGACCACAGAAUAUGCUUGCUGGGGUUGAUGGGAGUUAGUGUCCAAUGGUAUCUGAAGGGCCACAGGUUCUCCACUCAUGAUAUAUGGCAUGAGAGUAGGGUCAAUAAAACAAUAGAAGAUUGUGUAAGAAAUGAUGUAAUUAAUUGUAAUGGGCUUUAUGCAGUGGACUAAGUCAAACAAAUGUAGGAGAAACUCCAUAACCUACACAUCUCUCAAUUGCUUUUAUUCCCCUCUAGUUUGCUGUUACAAACCGGAUCAAAAAUCGAUCCCGGCACAUUCCUAAAAGGGAUCACUGGCUGGACUGGGCCUCAGAAAAAUACUCAGUAAGUCAAUAUUUGGAUCUGAAGUAUUUUAAUAUAUAUUCCUCCAGUAAGAUGUGAGCUAUCAGAGUAUAACAGCUAGAAUGUAGAAAUGGAUCAACUCUCCUCAUCGUCAUUCAAAAUCACUGCAAGUGUCUCCUGAAGACCACUGUAAGUGUCUUCAGAGAAUGUACAAAAAAUACAUUUCCCCCCCCUAAAUUGACUUCAGUUUUUUUGUGCAUGUGUGCUUCCUUUAUGAAAUGAAUACACAUCUUUGCAACACUGCCCGGGAAUCGUAGGGUGAAUACAGGGAAACUGAAGCUCCCAACAUCAGCCAUAGUGGAAAUUUGUUUGUAAACUGUCCCUCUCCCAAAACAAAGCACCCAAGAACAGAGGAGUUUAGAUCUGAACUAACCCAAGUUUGCCACCAUGAGCACACUGUUCAGGAAGGUGCAUCCAAUUCCAGCUCUGUGGUUAGUGUGCCUCUAUUAUAGGCAUGUGUUUGUCACAAUCACACCUUACGAUUUUAGUGUAUACCUGAAAAAGUAGUGUGUUCCCUGAUACUGAGAUACAUUGAUUUGGUGCAGUGCGUGUCUGCCUACCCGUUUUCUUUGUUCCUCCCUUGUGCUUGCUAUAUUAGCUCACAUUGUUUACAGUACAUUUGCUCAAAUAUCCAUAACCAGAUCUGCCAUGUGUGAUUAUUCUGCAGUAACUGGGUCACCCCAAAUAUGCAUAGGCAUAGCUCUCUUUGCAUCAGCCUCCAAAGUCAUUGCAUCUAAAAUGUUCCACAACGGAGCUGAACAGAUUGAGAAGUACCUGAACACAUCAACUGCAGAACUGGUGUACUUAAAGCAUAAAAGUUGAUAUUAGGGAAAACACACAUAUUUUCCUACACAGAGUUCACCUCCAUGCAGCAAAAUUAUAAUGUCUGAGACUGUUGCUUGUAGACCUUUCUUUCCGACUAACCAUUAUUGCCUUUUGCUUUGUGUUUCCCUUCACAGAACCAACUGAUAACUGAAGUUAAAAUGGUGACACGGGUCCUGUUUCUCUUCAUACCACUGCCAAUGUUCUGGGCUCUCUUUGAUCAACAGGUAAUGUGCAGUACUAUCUAGUGUGGCUUCACUGUACCCCUCAGCCCCAGUAUCAAGAUAAUGCAGCUGCAGGACUUUUUUUCAGAACAGGAGCAAUGACAUCAUUGGGUAAAGCACCAGGGUAAUUGGCAGACACACUUUGUUCUGGCAAGUGAUUGAGCUAGCAAUAAGGCUUUCAGGUCCUUUCCUUUAAUGGGGUUUCUGCAUUACAGCAGGUUAGGUUAGCAAUUUAAAUGGCAGUAGUACAUCUUUGCAAGCUUGUUUUCAUUUCUAAUAAAAAGCUUAAGGCUACAUUUCAGCUGGGCUGGAGAUCUUUUCUUAAAUUUCAGUGUGCUUUGCAAGUUUAAACCUAUGCAGCCAGAAGUAAACACCACUGUGAUCAAUGGAACUUACUCUCAAAUGACUAGGUAUAGGGAUACAGACAGGGUACAAAAAAACCUUAGACUUUAUGGUGCCACAGGACUCCUUGAUUAGCUCCUGCCCUUCAGAAUUUACCACUACACCACUGUGUAUGAAAGUAAAAGGUGACCUUCACCGGUGACUUUCACAGUCUUAUGUUCGGUUCUCUAGUUUUCUGAACUGUUUUUUUUAAAAAGCUGUCAUGAAAAUUCAUCAGCAAAUUGCUCCAAACAUGCACAAUUUUGUAUGCAGUUUUACCUCCUAACACAUAUCAUUGCAAUGCAAUUUCCCGUAAUCUAAUGCAUUUUUAACUUCGCCAAACCUUUAUUAGGCAUUACAAGUAUAGGCCAUGAUAAAACAUCCAUAUAUAAAAUUUUAAAAUAUAUACAAAUAAACAGCCACGUAGAAUAUGUAAUAAUGAGGAUUUUCAUUGGAAUUGCUUCUCACUAAAUAGUGCCAAUAGUAUCUAAGAGAUACUAUUGACAAAAACUCAGCCACCCUUGCAGUUACUUCCAGGUUAAUGUCAGACAGAUAGAAACUAAUAUUUUCACUGUGCCGUGAUGUUAGACUACCCAAAAAAGGGGAUAGCACAUGUUUGUGUAGCUGGUUGUACAAUGGACAGUAGAAAAGUUUCCUGUAAUGCACACAUUCCAGCAAUUAAACAGAACAAGAAACCCUCUGAUAUUAUUAGAGACCAAAUUAAAUUCAGCUUGUAUUUAAAGGUGAACCUACCUAACUUGCACUUUUCACAACACUAUGCAAACCAAAACACAACCACUGUUGGAAAUUUUCACUUCUCCAAAUUUUGCAAUGCAGUUCUACAGCAAAGUAAAAUAUUUAAAAAUGCAUAUGCUAGGGUAAAAUAUGCAAUAAAAUGCCUGUAGUGAGAACAAUGUACAAAAAUGCAUUGGUCCCUCAGCUUUUGUCAAGAGCAGAUAAUCAAACAUCCCCAGAAAUGAUAGACAUUGUGGAUGUUCUUUGAAUGUGCCAGACACUGUAGAACAUAUCAUUCUGUUUAAAUUUUCAAUGGCAAUCCCUACACAUGUGGAUAUUUAAGUCCAAUGAUGUAGUGAGCAUAUAUUUGCCCCACCUCCAUUCCUCUUAAGAGAUCCUGGGGCACAUAUACACUACAAGCCUAUAUCAAAUUUAUUUAUACCAAUUGUCACAAUCAAGAUAGAUGAUGAGAUCCUACACACACUUACAUGAGAAUAAGUUCCAUUGAACUCAAUGGGACUUGCUUCUCAAUAGACAUGUGGUGGAUUGCACAGAUAAGCCCUUGAAGAUGAAUCCAUCCCUAACUACCGUACUUAUUUUCAUUUUCAUUGAGAAACAUUGUUUCUGGGUUUCUUACAGCAUUUGACUAACAGAAAAGGUAUGAAUAAGAUACUUCCUUGUGUGGGAAAUAUACAUGUCAAGAACUGGGUAUUGCUUAGAAAAUAUUACAUUUGAUUCCAUUUUUAAGAACAGCCUUCCUACCUUGGUUGUAUGCAUAAUUCUACCUGUUGCUUUAGCCUUUUCUUGGUUUGCUAAAUGUGAUUCUGUGGAUUUUCUCCCUAUUCAAAGGGUAGGCAUUUAGGAAAAGAAUUGGCAAGGUUCUGUUUCUGAUAACAGAUAAGGAGAAAAUGCACAUGCUUUCAUUUAACUGCAAUUAUUAUAUAUGUUAAGAAUGUAUGAUGAAUGCAUUUUCAUGUUCUGAACCUUAACAAUAUUUCAUGGCGCUUUUUGGUAAUUUGCUAUUGCUUUUCUUUCCAAUGUUGGCCAUGCAUGCAGUACUCCAUGGUAUUCAUUUUGAUCUGUUUUCUUCAUAGGGUUCUAGGUGGACACUGCAAGCCACUAAAAUGAAUGCUGACUUUGUAAGUAGAUAGGGUUCAUUCACGAUAAUUAUAUUUCUUCAUUAAACAAAUUCAAGUCAGUAGUUUAAAUUAUGGGCUGGCAGUGUAAUAAAGGGUCACACUUCUAUUGAUUUCAAAAUAAGUGCAUCUCUAACGAAACAAUAAUUAUAGACUUAAUGACUAGUGGGGGGCAGGAUGGGAGAACAAUUUAAUAUGGAAUAGAAGAGAUAUGGAGAGUAUCCUCCAGCAAUUAAUAUAUUUUGGCUCAGUGAAAUUCUGAGAGUCCCUAAGGGAAUUCCCAUUUGCUCUUUAGCCUACUGUGUCAUAUUAUUUAUUUAACAAAAAUUGUGUACUGCUUGAUAAUAAAAAGACCCUCUAAGUGAUUUACAGAUAUAUAAAAUAAAACAUCAAACUUUUCAGUAAAACCAGGUAUUUAAAAGCUUUCAAAAUAUUAUUAAACAGUAGCUAAAAAUAGAUAAAACACAUUACGAUCAUCUUCGUGGUCUUCCACUUACUUUAUCAUAGUAUUGUCAUGAUUUUCAGCCUACUUUGUAUUAUUACCAUCAGCAACAACAGUAAUGUUCAGUCAAGGUAGGCAAAGCCAGCUCAAAAGUGUUUUCAUGCAGUGGGUGGACAAAAUAGGAUCUUGGACUUCUGGCUGAAACUCUCUUUGACUAAGGUUAUUAUAUGAAGAUGAUGUCUCAGCAGAGAGUGAAAGGUGGCUGAAUUAUGGAAGCGCCCUUGCCCGAUUUUGCAGUCUUUGACUUCUGCAAGUCUAAGAGGAUGGAGGUCCUGCAAGGGUCUCAUCAUCUGAGUCCAAGAAUGGUGGCAGGGCUGUGUCAUUGCACUGGGAGGGCCCCAAAUAAGAUACUGACAGUUAUCUCCAUGAGGAAGUGGUCUGAAUCUUGUCACCAUUGGUGUCCACUGCUGUGCACUACAAGGUCUCAGAGGUCAGGAAUCAUGACACAUGACCAGGCGACUGAGCAGGGCAGGGCUGAGAACAUAGUUCCAGUAGAGCCUGACUGAGGAAUCAGACAAAUGCUCAUGAUACAUUAUGAAAUUCAUAAAUAGAUACAGUCCUGUUGUUAAACAAACAGUGUGUCCCUGUGGCUAGUCCCACGUCUGUUUAGAGAUGUUGUCUAAAUACAGUUUGGUCUGAAAUGCAAUGAAGCUUUCUGCUAUAGGAUCUCUGUUAUGUUCAGCAGAUGGCUUGCUUCUAAAGCAUUGUUCCUUUCAUCCUCCCGCAUGUGUUAGCUGUCUGCUUCACUGAUGUCAGUUCUGCCACAGUUCCCUUAUUUUGUUUGCUAACCAGUUUCAAUCCUUUAAUUUCAGGGAGGGUUUGUCCUUCAACCUGACCAGAUGCAGGUAAGGCAAUGGUUGUCAGCUAGGGCACGUUGCUACUGUGUCGGAACUCGUAUUGAUGGCACUGGCAUAGCACCAGCGAUUCGUUGUUUAACCACUUCAUCUAUAUAAUUACAGACUGUAUCCUGGCAUUCCAUCAGCACCAGUUGUGAAUUACUCCCUAUGGUGUAUUUAGGACUGUAGCCUAAGUUACCAUAAAUGGCUAAUAUAAUGCAUCAUUUGGUUUUUCAGUUCUUAAAUCCUCUCUUGAUCCUUGUCUUCAUCCCAGUUUUUGACUUCGGGCUGUACCCCUUGGUGAACCUGUGCAAAUUUAAUUUCACGUAAGUACCUGAACUUUUCCCCCUUUUAUGUAGAAAAUGCAGUACAGAUUCAUGGAUGCACAUACUCUUGUAGGUUGAAAAUGUCUAAGAUCAAGUAUGGAUAGUUUUAUGAUGGAGAGGUAACAGAAGGGAGAAUCUCCUUCAAUCUCUAUAGCCUGUGAGUUCUAGGAAAAUGUGGCCUACUAGUUAAAAAAAGAUGGACUUUUCUGCAGCUUUUAGAUAUCCCCUCAAAGCAGAGGGACUGCAUGCAAGCACCAGCAUCUUCUAGUUUUAGUGGUUUGUGGUGGGAGGCACCAGUAUUUUUACAACCUUCCAAUCUUUUUCUGUCAAAGUAGAGCAUCUUUACCUAUUAAAACACUCUCCUAACUUGUGCUUCACUUCAUUUAGGCCCAAGGGAUAUUCACACAAGCACAGAUAUCACAUUUUGAAAAUGUUGGUCAUGAUAGGUGCUCUGGGAGAUGUGCAAUUUAUUUCUUACAUGCCUUCAGCACUUGUAGUUCAAUAACCCAAGGCAAUUUUUCUGUCUGCUGUCCUAGAAGGGAGUUGGAGAUAGAUCAUCAGUGGUGCUUUCCUCCACUUCACACAUUAACUAAAUGCCAAACAACGUUCCUUCCUAGAAGAGCUAAGGGGAAGAUAAUAUGAAACUUGCUAGCACAGAGCAUUUUUUAAAUAGCUUAUCAAUUUGAAUGGGCCUCGGUUAUAGCCUCAUAAUAAUAUAAUAUGGAGGUUUUAUGUUAAAAGAACAGCCUCUGUCUGUUCAUAUGGCUUAAUGUGCAAUGAUCUCGGACUCAGAGGAAUCGCAUGAUUCAUCUUAAAUUACACAUUUUUUGUAAUUAAGUUGUGUUUAUUUACUAUCAGACCCAUUAAAAAGAUGGCAACUGGCAUGAUCCUUGCGGGCCUGGCAUUUGCAGUUGCAGCUGUUGUAGAACUCAGGAUAGAGGUAAGCGCUGAGCAGCUGUAUGAAGCAAAGAGGUAAAGAUACAUGCUUCCUACCUAUAUGUACCAAUGCACUACCCAUCCUCCCUGGUAUUGGCUCCUGAAUACACAAUUUUAAAAUACUCUAAGGUUUCAGGUCCUUAUUUUGGAACAGAGAUUGAGUGUCAUGAAUCUGUAGAUCAGAAAGUGAUCUGGAUCUGAUCUGGAUCAUUAAUAACCAGAAUUCAGGGAAUCAUUGUGAUUAUAUUGUGGCAUACUCUUUUAAUUAGGAAAGGCUAUGUUGAAGCCAAUUCCAAAAGAAUAUUGCCUUCAUACCACAUAUUUGACAGACAUAAUCCUAGCAAUAGCACGCUGGAACUCAUAACAAGUGCAUGUUGCCUGAGACUCAGUGCCCAGGUCCAGUUCUUGUCCUUUGUGGUGCAACUGCUGGUUCUUCAUGCUUGGGUCCCAUGCUAAUCUGCUAAUACCUGGAACAGGAAGACCACGUGAGAUGGGCAGAUGUUUCUGGUUCAUCUCAGAUGAGUAGGACGUCUUCCUGGACACACACACUUCCUGUUCCAAACAUGAAUGGUGCAAUGUGACACAUGGCCACAAAGAUGUGAUGAUCACAUCACAAAAGGUAACAUCAGCCCUAAAGUUAGAAAGAAACCCACCUGUAUGUAUAUUCUUGUAUAUAUUAUCAAGUAGAGGAAAAGUCUGUGCAUGUGUGGAACACACCUCUUUUACAGCAACGUUUUCAAAAGUCUUUUAUGCCUCUUUUAUAAUAACUACCAACCAUCGAUAUAUCUAUAACUAAGAGCUAUGUUCUGUUGCUAUUGUACAGCUUCAGUAAAGGAGGGAAAGGGGUUUUGACUAACUGAGUGCUUAAUAUUACAGUUACCUACUGUAGUAUUAUAGCUAUGCACUUUAUUUCCAUUAGGAAAAUGCUGUGCCAAAGCCAGUUUCAAAAGAAAGCUACAUUCAGGUCCUGAAUUUGGCAGACAGUGAUAUUGAUGUGGCAAUCCAGGAUUAUGACCUAUUUCAACAGCCGAUCAAACCAUUUCAGGUGAGGUUAAUGGUUAUUUCCUUGGCAAGAUCAUUCCUUUUCAAAGUUAAUACUCAACUUUCCAAGUUACCACAGACAGAUACCACAGAAAGAUACUGUGAACUGCCCUGAGAUCUAUGGAUGAAGGGCAGUAUACAAUAUUGUUGUUGUUUUGUUGUUGUUGUUAUCACACACCAUGAUAAUUAUUGGUUCUGUGUUUUACAUUCCAUAUGUAUUUAUUAUUGUAUGGAUCCUUUCUCAGUCAUUAUGAUAAUGGCUUCUGUAUGACAAAGAAAGCUUCCAUUUCCUCAUAUAUUCAGAAGAACAAGAAGAUUUGACCUUCCUUCCCCUGUGUCUGUCCUACCAUAUGGAGCGGUGACACGUUUCUACAGGGCACUGUGCCUUUGACAGCAAUCCCCAUCCUCCCCAGCGUAUUUCAACAAAAAAGGCACAGAUGGCUGACUAUAUUUACUUAUAAUUAGGGGAAAAAGGUUAAAUCUUCUGGGAUGAAUAUAUUCCCCAAAAAGCCUCUUUAUAUGAUCUGUGUUUCCCAUAGGUCACAGUUUAGAUCUGAAAGGAACAUGCUAGAACAGGAAAAAUUAAAAGAAGUGCACAGGAAGAAUAUAAAGAAUGGGGUGGUUAACCAAAAGCACUGAAAGUGUGGUUCUCUCCCCUUUUUCAUAAUUCUAGGGUUAUCAGAAGUAAGUUCAAGCAUGCAGUGUAUCCAGCUGGCAGGCUUUCUGCAUGAUUUGCCACCGAAACUCAGUUAAGGAGGGAGUGUUAUCAUUUGCGCUCCUCUUCCUUUGAUUUGUUCAUGCAGAAGCUUGGAAUUCAUUGAAGAAGUCUGGGCUGGAGCUUGGUCAUGUCCACCUUUUAUAUUUUUUGGCUUCCCUUUUGAAGUUGAACUUCCUGCCCACCUCAUUCAUCUAGAUGUGAGAGCUAGUGGAGCGGAGCGGCUUGAAACUUAGGUUUCUUCUACACUAACAGUUCAGUCUGAAAUUGCCAUCCUUAGUUAACUCACCUUUUCAGAGAAAACAGAUGACAUCAUUGGCAGAGUAUUGUAUUCCAUUUUCUGUAUUGUCCUCCCAUUUUUGUUAAACCUGAAUUGUUGUGAUGUGAUGUGUGUGUGCUGUAAAUUGCAGGGGUAAUCUGUCCAGCAUGAACAAAUUGCUCUUGUUCCCAUGGGGUGGUUUUAGUUCCCAAUUUUUCCUUCUUUUUUUUUUUUUUUUGCAUAGUGAAAUUACAUUAUUUUGCUAUAUAAAAAUGAGAAAGAGAUCAUUAGUAACUAACAUCCCUGUUCCACUGCUGGAGCAGGAACUGACAACAAGGAAGAAGUUAAAGAACCCAUUCAAGGGGCAAUCAAGGGGCAAUUCAUCACUAUUCUUCCAGCAGAAAUUAGGGGAAAGCCACAAAAGGGCAAAAACUUAAAUUAAAAGCACAGGAUCACUUAAAAGAUUCAACAGCCUAUUUACUAAUCUCCCACUGUAUAGUAAAACAGGCACAACCUGCAGAUAGGUUCGUACCUGCAGUAUGGGGACAAUGGGUUGUAUCCAAGGCAGCACCAAGGGUUCAGUCCCCCAACCCUUUCGAGCUGGUUUUGAGGGUGCUGGGGGGCUGCAGGGGAGAGGGGAGCCAGGUUCUGUUCUGCUAGCCAUAUCCAUUGCUCUAGCAGAAUGGUAGUGUUGGCUACUGCCCAAUAAUAUUGGCCUAUUCAAUGGGAAUGUUGGGUCAUUGACAAAAUGCUUUGUACAGUCUAGUAUUACAUAAGUGCUAAUAAUAGUUCUUUCAGGCUACCUACUCCAUGAACCAUCUUAUGAGUCUUUUUCUGACAAAUUGCAUAAAAUCUUUGGGAUGUGCACAUGUGCACAGCUGCGAAGGUGCAAGUUCACAGUUUAUUAAGAAAUGAUGGAUAAAAAUAAACUGAAAUAAUUUUUUUUCAUGCACAGUGAAUAUAUUGUUUUCUUUCUUUCAUUUUGCUCAGGAUCCUGCUGAGUACACCAAAUUGAUUCUGGGAGAUGGCCAACAAAACCUUCAUUUGAAGAUACAGUAUCAAGGAUCAUCUUUCAUGUUUAAUUCUACCGCCCACGAAAAGUCAGUGUACAGCUUAAUUGUCUACAAGGUGGAAAGAAGCCUAACAAGCCAUUUAGUAAGUGAGGAAAUCGAGUAGGGCAAUGUCAGAUACUUGAGAAAAUCCAACAACCUACAUAAUCCUGUAAGGAAGAUUCCAGUUUGCAGCCAACAAGCAGAGAACAUUAAUGUGCUGGACCUGAUAUCAUCCCAUUUUCUAAUUUUUGCAUUUUAAGUUUUGUACCUCCAGACUAGAGAUGCAUGCAAAUGGCCUCUCAAAAUUCUUCCCUGUAUCCGUGGGGAAAUAGCUUGAGAAACCAUUUCACCAAAUUUCUCCAGGGUGCAAAGUUCUCCAAAAAAUUAUUGGGACUGGUGAUCUGCUUUAAAGGUAGCACUAGCACAGCUUCUAGCUUCCCCCCACCCCACCCCAAGAGGAUUUCUUUUAACCUAGCUACCAUUUUCAUUGUCUCAAACAAUGCCCUGGUCCAUGUGUCAUUCUGAAGCAUUGGUGGGGUGGGCCAUAAAAAUGGUGAAUAAUAUUUGGAGAAAAAUCUGUCAAAGUGGCUUUCCCCCCUAGGUGGUUAGUGAUAAGGAAUAUCUUUUGAAAAUAAAUUGGCUUAGUUCUACUCCCAUACUUAGGGCUAUCUUCCAAAAAGUUUAUCCAUGUUCCUUGGAAUCCAAAGCUAUGAUUUGAUUUUGGUAGGCAUGGUAGCAGAUUGCCUCACAGAUUCUAAAUAGGAAGCAAUUCUCAUCCUAGAAUGAAAAGUAUAACAUCUAUUGAGCGGAUAUCACAAUGCAAUUAGUAAGAGAUAACUAGUUCAUUAUCUCAUCUACUUAUUCAUGAGGGACUUACGAUUAAUUUUGAUGUCUUAACAAGUGGUACUGCCUCUGCUAUCACUUCUGCUAGGUGGUUUAUAGCUUUUGAGCUGCUAGACCCAAUUUAAGCUGCCAAACACUGCAAUGGGAGAUCAGAAUAAGACCUACUGGAUGGCAAAGCCCUACAAAAAGAGUAGAGGACAAGAAGAAACUUUUUUCCAAAAGUCUUUCACAUAAAAUAAAGUUUGCAAUGAGGCUGUAGAAUGGCAGAUUAGAUAAAUCAAUUAGGUGAUGAGAUAUGUUUAAUCACUGCUCUAACACGACACCAUAGUAAUUUGGAAUAGAAGCCACCAAAAUGACCGUACCAAAAACCAUCAGAAUCAUUAGAGUUACAUUGGCCAUUUGGAAGUACUAAAGCACUUACAAUAAAUCACUUUUACAUUUUUUAUUUAAAAAAGAUAAGUUUUUGAUUUGACAAUGAACCCUGCAUUUGUGAUUUAAAUCUCUCCUUGUUUUCACGACAGACACAAAUUCUCUAGACUCUAGGCUCUUUGCAAAUGAACAGAACAGCCAUUAAGCUGACAGAAUAGGCCACAUGAUUAAGCAAACUUCUCUCUUUCUGCAGAAAUCUACAUAGAAGCAGCAAAACCAGAGCCAAAGACUUAAUGAUGAGGCAGCUUUUGCUGUUCUCUGCUUCUUGCACAAUGUAAUUUGCAUGAUGAUAGGCUAAUGUUUUCUAUAAAGAGAUGAUGGGCAAGGGAAUCAGGCCAAAAUAAAGGGAUUGAACUAUAUGAUUUUGAUGUUUGACCUAAACAUUCUAUAAUAGUAAUACUCUUUAAAGAUGUAAGUACCAUACUGUGGGCGAGUUUCAAUGAAUGAAACCUAUUAGCAGGAUCCCUGCACAAACACUUCCACUUUGCAAUGGGGCUCCCUGCUCCCAGCUAUUCCCUCCGUGUUGCCCCCAAAAUUGGCUCAGAGGUGGGGGGUUGUGCUGUGGGGGGAGAGAGGAUCAUUCUGCCUGGCAAGCUGAAAUGUUUGCCCUUUCAGAACUAUCACCUUAACACGAUGUUGAAAUCCUCCCCGUGGAAAACUUGCCCUUGAUUAUUAGCAGCACAAAAGUAAAUCCCCACGACGGAGUGAGCUCCCGUUGCUCGGUCCCUGCUCCUGCCAACCUAGCAGCUCGAAAGUAUGUCAAAGUGCAAGUAGAUAAAUAGGUACCGCUCCAGUGGGAAGGUAAACGGCGUUUCCGUGCGCUGCUCUGGUUCGCCAGAAGUGGCUUAGUCAUGCCGGCCACAUGACCUGGAAGCUGUACGCCGGCUCCCUCGGCCAAUAAAGCGAGAUGAGCACCGCAACCCCAGAGUUGUCCACAACUGGACCUAAUGGUCCGGGGUCCCUUUACCUUUACCAUGCAUGCAGUGCAGGACAUUUUGAUUCAUGAGGCAAGGAACAACCAGAUGCCAUUCCCUCUUUCUAUGUAGUACAGAAGCUGACUGGGCUGGCAGUCAUUUUUUAUUUCAACAAGCAGCUCAUGUAGUAUCCUCUGUGGCUGAGUCUAAUGACAGAGCUAGUCCUGACAGGAGUUUAAGGUCAGAGGUCUUCUUUCUGCAAUAGAGUUUUAUUUCCUCUCCCAAUGACUCCCAGCUUUCUCUCACUGUCUGCUGCUGCCCCUAGACCUAUGCCUCUCUUUUCAUUUUAUUUCCCAUGUUCUUAUGAAACAGACAUUUGCCCCUCAGUGCUUCUAUUCUCAGGCUCUUGCAAAAGCUGCCACUAGACAUCGGGAUGUGCACAUAUUUUUUUCUGCCUUUGCCUUUGCAUCCCCUGUUCAUUAGCAAGACAUCACACAAGUCAACUAACACUUACCUGGGAAUAAGGUCCAUUGAACUCAGUGGGUCUGUUUCUUAGGAGAUAUACAUGGGGCUUGUUUUCAGUUUAAGCCCUGUUGCUUUUGCAAGCCUGGUUAUUUGUUUUGUUUGUUUGGUGGGAUUCAGGAAGAGAAUGAUUGCUGCAGCAUCUCCAUAUAUUUGAUGGCAUCACAGCCACUGGCUGAAAAAUUAAUCAUUGUUGGUUAGCACCAAUAACUGGCUGGAUCCGCUAGUGAGAUGCUAAUCAGCUUGAAUUCAUUAUCAAGGGAAAUGCUGCUGUGGACUGUUUGCAAACUAGUUGUUCAUUAUUAAUCAUGUUUAUCUACUAUUCCUUUUACAAUUUAUUGUCUGUUUACCAAAUAUAAGCCACGCAGCACUCAAAGGCCUUUUAUAGACAUGGAAGUGAAAAGGUUGGGAAGAAACCCUCUUCCAAAAGUCAUUACAGUUAAGUGUAAAGGACUGCCCAGCUGUUGGAAUUGUUACUGACAACUGGGGCCCUCUCACUAGUCCUGUUUGUGUGCCCUGAGAAAGUUCUGUGUAGCACACUCAGUUUAUGGAGUGAUAUUAUAGAGAUUACAACCAUUAUCUAGAAACUUGCAAGUUAAAAAAAAUUGUUCAGAUUUUAAAAAUGCUAUUUUGGAUGAAUAUGUGAAAAUUCAGCAAUGCAUAUCUCUUCCCAGCCCUUUUAAUGAGAAGUAACUGUGGUUUGUAUCCAGUUGUAUCCCUCUGCUGAUGGAAAACUUCCAAUAGUGGAAGGAUGUAAUUGGAUAGUAUCUUCCAUUCUUCAGAUCUGUGUGAGAUUUCCCACCAUUCCCCUCCUGCAUCUUUCAUCCCCUAACCUUCAGUUAAAAAGCUUUAUGCAUUCAAUUUCUUAACCAACAUGAUCUGCUAUGCUGUGGUGAUAAAGCUUAGGCCUUAACCAUUCUGUAGGAAAGAAAGGUCACAGACAGUCCAUUAAAUAUUCAUCUGCUAUUUAGAAUUGAGAAAUGUGUAUAAGGUGCUACGUACUUGUCUAGACCUCUGGUUUUCAACUGAUAGGUCGGGACACCCACUUCAAGGUCGCAGCCUGAUCUAAGGUGGGUCACAAUGGCAGCACUUCCACAAAAAAAUGCAUGCUUAAAAAUUAAGAACUGGGUCUCCAAGUGCAUGUUUGGGUUAAAGGUGGAUGGAAAGGUUGAAGAGUCCUGCUCCAGAGGCCCUCCAGACAUGUGGUUUCACAUGGACUCACUGCAAUGCUUCAGUGUGUACUUCUCCACCACUUCUUUCUCAACUCAGUGCUGACCCAGACCCUGGUGAUCUUCUCCACUCCUCCAUGUUUUGUGGAAACUAAGGGCUUGUUCACACUUACCUUUUGCCCUGCACUUUAAAGCUCUGUGUCCAACUGUUUGGUUUCACUUUUUCAUUUUUUGCCCCCUGCCCCAGGAAAACCCAUCCUUUAAUGCUAAAUGAUAACAAACAGUAAUUUGGGUUUUCUGCUGAUUGCUGUUUGCUCCAAUUCAGCAGUAAAGAGUGGGUUUUUCGGGGGGAGGCGCUGGGCACAAAAGAACAUCUGGAUGAGCCCUAAGUGCAGCUGGUGAAGCACCUGCUUUUGUCACAAAGUAGAUCAAUGCAUGCCUGGGCAAAACAGGGUCCCAUUUUAGCUUUUAGCUUUAGCGAGAUGAGAAAGUUGCCUUGCCUGUCAUUUGCACCAGUGCGAGCCUGGUAGGUUAUGAAUUGGAUAGGAACCUUCCUACCAGAAAUCAAGCCGUGUAGGACCUGAUAAAAAGAGCAUUUCAAACAUAUCCUUCCAUUUAAUAAGUUCACAUUCAGAACCCAUGGUUUUUUUAAAUUUUUAUUUACAAAUUCUUUGCUCGUUAGAAAGCUUGCAUGUAAGCAGAAACCAUGUACUGAUUUUGUUUUCCUUUGGUUUCAGAUUAAAGAUAUGGGGGGAAAGCCAUCAGAAGGCAUGUCUGCUGUGAGGUGUGAACUGGAUUUGGGUGACCUGUUUCUUUGCUGCUCUAAUUCCAUGCUUUGACAGAAGCCGUUAACACAGGCUCAGCCAGAGCUUGGGCCUCAUCAGUGUGUUUCAAUGAAAGCUGUACUAUAUGGCAAUUAUGCUUGCUAUGGCUGCACCCAGUGAGAGUGUAAAGGUAGGAAGUAGUAGGAAGAGUCUAUUAUCACUAAGCAGUGACCAAAGAAGAGGAGAACUUUAGCAGUUGGAAAUGCAAGGUGAUGGUGGAGGCAGGGAAGUCAAAUGGUGCAGAUAUGCAGCUGCUGAUUGGUUAGGAACAACCACUGCAGCAGUUCCCGCUGAGCACUCUGAAGCAGCCACAUCACACACAUCUAUACAAUGCUGAAUUCAGUUGGCUCCUUGCAGCUGCUUCUCUCCACCCAGGGAAAGGGUGCUGUGUUUUCUCCACAUUUUGCAAAGCGUUUGGACAAGAUGCCUUCAGUGGGUCACCUUCCCAAGUGGGUCAGUCAAUCGCCAUUUCCCUCUGGUCCCGAUCCAUUGUGCUCUCCAGAAGGAGAGGGAGUCUGCAGCUCUUGACAAUCUGUGUGUAAACUUGGAAGAGUACAUGUGAACAGGCAGGGACUUCAACAGGGGAGUGGAGCAGGACCAGAGGACUGGCAGUGGGCUCCUUGCUGAGGUGUAAACCUUGGCAAGUGCCCCCGGUCAUGACAACCCCAGACUAUGUCCCUGCAUGGGUGUAUGUCUUGGUUGUUGCUCGGGGGUGGCAGCCUUUCCCUAGCCCUUCCUAUCUAUUGCAGUAUGCCAUCGGCCAUAACUGGCUACACAAGUGUUCCACAUAGCAGAUAUGUAAAGGGAGAAUGCAUGCAUUUAUAAAUAUUCAGGGAUGGAGAUGGAGAUCUGCCACCAGUCAGAGCUCUGCUAGGUACAUCCCUAAGUGUUUAGCAAGUGUUUAGUGUUUAGCAAUUCAUGUCUCCCAUGCCAGAUUCCCACUGUUUCAUGUGGCACACAUGGUUUUGAUGUUGCUGCAGCCAACAUGAUUGCCAUGCAAACUGUGAAGAGGCUCAGAGAGACAGCUGAACUAGUCAGGUAUUCUGGUUCAGUCUUGUAAGCUACUCAGAGUGGCUGGGGAAACCCGGCCCGAUGGGCCGGGUAUCAGUUAGUAGUAGUAGUAGUAGUAGUAGUAGUAGUAGUAUAGCAGUAAUACAGUUCAUGAAUCCACCAUGCAAGCCCAAAUGGCAUUAGAAAUGCUUCCUUCAGAGUGGCCCAAGAUUGAAAUAUGGGUGAAGGGGAGUGACCUUAUGUGAAGGAUGGGAAACUAUUUUGGUAUCAGUGAACUACAACUCCCAUAAUCCUUGACUUUUGGCCACGUUGGCUGGGGCUCAUGAGAGUCGACAGGGGAGGGGAACCUGUGUCCCUCCACACAGAACUUACUGGGUUUUAACUCCAAUCAUCCCUGACAACUUGGUUGGGGCCAAUGGGAGUUGGAGUCUCCAAUAACAUCCGAAAGCCAGCCCCCACCCCCACCCCCGCCUUACCCCACCAAAAUAAUGUUCUAAAGAAGGAAAUGCAAGCUUGCCAUAUUGCUUAUACAUGUUCCUUAUUUUAUUCUUAUUCCUGCAAUGUGUCUUGCUUUUAAACUGAUUAACUGAAGAUAAUUCUGAGAGUAUUAAUAAAGGAAAGAGCACCCCUUCCAUCUGAAUAACAAUUCACAUAAUUCAUUGGGAAAGUCAUCUGUAAAACCUUACAUGAGUGGAGACUUCUACACAGUUUGCUUAUUACAAAUGUUGUUUCUGUUGAACACUCUUUGGAAGGGAAAAUACAUCUUUUAAAUUACAACCUCUGUUAAAGCCUGUGAUUAAUGAAUUAAUCAAUUGCAAUAAUUAAUUCCAUUUUUUCUCUUAUCCUAAUUAUUGUUGUGUUGCAGUCCACUGCCCACCUCUAGGGAUCAGAGCCUCCAUCAUUCUGCAGAAAGCGGUGGGUGGGGUGGGUGGAAUCCCGGAUAGUUCAGAUCUGUAGCCAUUAGACCGUAAUGUUUUUUCUUUCUUUGCAUUGUGCAAGGAGUAGAAACAGUCUACACUGUGCGUACCUAAAAGCAGCAGGGAACAACUCACUUGGUUUACAUGGUUGCUGGUGCUCAUUCGGUUCUAGCCCUUAGCUGCAAGGAAAAUGGGAAAUAUAUGGAAAGAAACUUACCAUUUUGCAUGAGACUGGACAGAUCUAUUUGGCUUAUUUAGGACUUGGAACACUGUAAAGUUUAUGGGAAAACUAAAUCUUCAUUGUUGAGUUUAACUCCACUUUGGAGAUCUGGCAUUGUACCCAGUGCUGGUGUUCCAGCCACAUAGCAGACUUCGACUUGCACUUCAAAACUUUCCCCUCCUCUCACCUGUGCAACCUCAGAAUCUGCUUUAGAGGGCUGAGGAACCUUGUGGAGUAGAUUUUGGGGGUGCAGAAGGAGGGGAAAAGGCGCUGUGCAGUUGGAUUUGACUGGACUAGAUUGGAUACAACCAAUGGAUUCCAGGUCAGGAGGAUGUAAGGAAUUACAAUAUGCUAUUCAGGCGUUCUGUUAAAGUUUGGGUGAAUAAUAUGAGGAUGUCCCUGUUGGCUUCACCCUCAACAUUUCCAUGUUUAGAGGAAAUCCUCCCCACAAUUGGGAACCCUACACAGUCCUUUAAUUGACAAAGCCAGACCAAACCUGGGAACUUUAGCAUACAAGUAUGUGCUGUGCCAUGGAACUGGCAAAUGUUCACAAACUGUGCUGAGCUGGGAUUUAUCCAAAAUGUUCCUACAGUUUCUCUACCCUCCCAGAUGAAAUAUUUAAGAUAUAAUGGGAUCCAUUUCACCCUCCCAAAGACAUAUUCACCCUGUCUUGUUCAUAGAGCAUUCCGUUUAAAUUGCUAGCAAAAUUAAGCCAGCACACAAAGGAAUAGAUAGAAUUUCAGGAGGGAGGACGCUGGAAAUCAUAAUGCAGGUUUGUGUUUCGUACCAGUGUUAGAAAUUCCAUUCUGAUUUGUUGAAGGGAGGUCUCUUUCAAAUCAGUAGAUGUCAGGCUUGCACAGUUAGCAACUCAAGCCAAAUGCAGCCAUGUAUGGUGGCUCACCAGGUCACAGCGAACCUCCUGUUCUGCUGCCUGCCUACAUAAGAAAAGAUUAAGGGAAGAUACGGUAGCACUCUCUCCAGAAAUGUGAAGGGAUGUCAGGCAGAAGAUGUUCUCAUUGCCCCACUAGAACCAGUGGGUGGCAAUUUGCAGGGAAACAACACUCUUGGCUGUUAGGAAAACCCUGCUAAUUGUAAGAUUUGUGCAAACCAUGCAAAAGGCUGCCCUUCACUGGAUGUAUUUAAGUAGGAGGUAGCCCACUGCCAGAGAUGCACAGAAGGUUCUGUAUUGAGCAGGAGUUGCACCAGGUGACCUUCAAGGUCCCUUUCACCUCUGUUGACUGCAAAACAGAGUAGAUUGUCAAGGACCUGGUGGGCUAUGCUCAGCUUGGUCAGUCAUGAGUUGUGCAGGUCUGAUAUAGUUUCAUAACAGUUGCAUAACAAUUGUUGUUCAGCAUCCUGUUUUGGACAGAUGUUUGGGAAGACGCCUUGCUGAGAAUCACAAGCAUCAGAGCUUACUAGCCACCCCCUGCUGUAUGUCCUCUACAUGGAGCCAUAGUGAUGCCCCUGAACUCUGAGAUUUUGUUAUUUUUCAUUCUGAAAUAAGUAAUCAUACAACUCUGGAACUUAUCCAGUGCCUUCUGAAAAACAUAGUGUUUGCCUAAUAUAGCCAAUAGGAAAUUGUUCUUUCUGGAGUAGUAUCAUGAAGGAGAGUAAUGUUUAGCACCCUUGACUAAGGUUUCCAUCCCCCCUCAGCCAUCCCACCCCACUGAGUUUCUUAGAUAGAAUUACCCACACAAAUCAUUUUAUUUCUCCUAGAAAGGAAAAGGGCAUCAUUGCAUUGUCUCAAGGGGUUAAAUGUAUAGGGAUACUGUAAUCUGUGAUUAAUUGGUAGUAUUUCUGGAUGGCAAGACUAUCAUAAAAAUUAAGAGAUAGAUGAAGCCCCCUUUAAAAAGAGAUUGCAUGCCUCCAGUGAAAUAUCUGGUGCUUUCUUUCGCUUUAUUCACUUUCUGUCAUGAUGAAAUCAAGUUUCCUUUCAGAUUCAUUAAUUCUUUGGACCUGGAUGUCAACAUCACUCUUGGCAAUGAGGAUUUUGUCAGUAUUAACAAAAGUUACGGUGUUUCAAGCUACAGGACCCUGGCAAGGGGAAGGUGAGAUGCUGUCAACAUUUUCAUGCUCUGAGCUAGCACCCAUUUCCCUUUGGGGGCUCUCUGUGAUAUCUCUGGGUCAGUUCACUAGAAAUUUGGCUCUUUCUUGUUAUUAUAAGGUAUGGUUCUGGUCUAGUUUCCCCAUGUAUAUCUUCCAAAUACCUUCCCAUCCAAAUAAUCAGAUGAAGAGAAGUACACAGUGGGGAUGUUCUGGGCUAGGCAACUCAGUGGAUAGCCUAUGCUCCAAGAAGCAAACAAGAACAACAACAACAACAAAGCUCCACUGAGUUUAAGAAUGAAGCUCACAUAGAGCUUUCUCAGCCUGAAAUGACUGCAUGGAAUAUCCAUAAGUGAUCAUGUAGAUGUAUGAUGGGAUUAAGCACUACCAGUCCAAGGCAGGCAUCACAGUUUCCCACAUAGUCCAUAACAAGGAAAUUCAGCAUUGUUAGAACUGACAGUUCUGAUCCUCUCUUGACAGCAAGGAAGGACCAUGUGGUACAGCUCAUGCUCUGCAGGCAGAAAGUCCAAGGUUCAACUCCUGGCAUUUGCAGUUUAGAAGUUCAGGUAACAGGUAAUGUGAAGGACCUCUGACUGAAAGCCUAGAAAGCCAUUGCCAGUCAGAGUGAACAAUACUGGGCCUGAUAAACAAAUGCUGUGUAUUAAUCCUUCUAGUGCGGCUAGCAGGAGUCCUCCAAGCUCUCACACGGGUCUUUAACAGCUUUGCUCUCAGAGAUCUUUUAACAGGAGGUUCCCAAGAUUGAACCUGUGACCUUUUGCCUACAAGGCAGAUGCUCUUCCACUAAGCUGUGGUCUCUUUUUAAGAAACACAUGUUCAUUGUGCAUCUCAUCUUGCUCCUGAGUAAAUUAGUAUGUGUGAAAAAGUUGAGUACAAAAAAGUUAUUCUUCUUCCCAGUCCUUAUGGUUGGUAAGCCUUGCUGAAAUUAGUAAAACCAAACCAGGCAUCUGGCAAAUCCGUAUUGCUUCUCUGCAGUUUUGCCUACCUGCACAUGCAGAACAGGGUCUAAGAUGUAUAUUCUUCUUCUUCUUCUUCCCCCAUGUCUUUAAAGAAAACCAGAGCUGCAAAAUAAAGAAAUAAAAGUUUCAACAAUUCUGGCAAUUUACUGUACAAUGCAAAAUAAAUGCACAAUUGUUUUUGAUUAGUGCCCUUCUUCAGCUGUCCCUAAAACAAUAGCUGUGAAUAUUAAAAUGCUAAUAACACACUGUACUUAACACAGAACCAGAAACAUGGGUUAUACAAUGCCCUCAAUCAGCUUGAAGGAUCUUGUUAAUGGGUACACCCAGUCAUGAGUGGCUAACCAGGAACUAUUGUGUUCCCUCUUUGUCAUAUCAAGAUACAACAAUGUCAAAUGCAGAGUGGGAGCAGAAGAAUUCAUCCUGCACCUGGGCCUUCUUGAUUUUGGAGCUGCAUAUACAGUUGUUAUAACAAACGUAAGUUGCCCUUUGACUCUUGCAUGCCAUUUCCAGCCAAAGUUCAGCCACUGAAGUCAAGGCUAAGCCACAAGUCUCCCACAUUGACUUCAGUGGGUGUCUGGCUGAAAUCCUAUGUGGAUUUAUUAGGGACGCGGGUGGCGCUAUGGUCUAAACCACUGAGCCUAGGGCUUGCCGAUUGGAAGGUCAGCAGUUCGAAUCCCCACGACGGAGCGAGCUCCCAUUGUUCGGUCCCAGCUCCUGCCAACCUAGCAGUUCGAAAGCACAUCAAAGUGCAAAUAGAUAAAUAGGUACCGCUCCGGGGGGAAGGUAAACGGCGUUUCCGUGCGCUGCUCUGGUUUUGCCAGAAGCAGCUUUACCUUUUUAAUCCCUACUGAAUGGAGUGAGAUUUACUUCUGAGUAGUCCUGCAUGGAUUGCAGGUCUGGCAUAGUCCUCGGCACGGUGCAGCAAAUGCUGCCCACAGAUGCCAAUGACAAAACUUUUUUUAAAUGGCCCUGUGCACAUCAGGCAGCUGCAGCCUCUACUUAAUUUCCUCAGACACCUCUGGAUCAUGACAUAGGACCCAGAGGCAUUCUGGGAAAAUUAAGACGGUGGCAGCUGCCUCAGUGUAGAAGAAUUAUCCUUUGUCUACCCAGAAACAAGCCCCAUUGAACACUUUGUUACUUCCUUCUGAAUAAAUAUGCAUAGAAUUUGUGAUAAACACACUGAUGAACUGAUGGAUGAAUGAACAGACAUAUGAAUGGAUAGACACAGCCCAGCAGAAAUUAAAUUUUUGCUCUUAAUUCUUGAGGGUCUGACAUAGAUUGUCCAGUUUUUUGUUUUUGUUUCGUUACUGAAUAUUUGUUAUCCGUAGCUCUAUCAACUGUUUCUUGGGACACAAUAUGAGACUGGCCAAUCAGGAGCAGGAAUUUCCAAUACUCAUUUAUUCAUCCCAUGUCCCCAAUGGAAAUCAAUCCAGCAAAAUACAAUUUGUAUCCACUAUUGUUCUUGCUUUCAUUUCAAAAAUGAUUUAUUGAUUAACACCACACACACACACACACACACACGCAUUUGCAUUGGAUUUUAUUCGCAUUGAAAAGAAUGGGGUGGAAUAACAUAGUGACAACAUAACUUAUACAACUUAAUUAUGUAAAUUACGUCGGUUAUGUAAUUUUACUGCAGCAGAGAGUGAGACAAAUGGCAGUUUUUGACAGAAGUUGAACUGCAGCAGAAUGGAAACAGUGCUGCAUGCAGUGAAUACAGGGAGGAACAGAAAGCAAUGCUUUCUUUCAUCUCUACUGUGAACAAAAAUAGACAAGUAAAAUUUAUCACACAUUCCAAGCAAUUCCAAGUAUACACAUAUGUAUUCAUCGUUUCUAUUGUGCGAAUUAGUCUUUAUCUGCAAGUAGUUAUGUUCUGGAUUGGUAGAGUUGGUAGAUGUGAAAGACCUGAAGUAAAUGUAAUUGUAUUAUACUGAGGAGUAUGUAUUGUGCAUUUAUGUAUUGCAGUCAGAAUAAUGUGGGAUCUAGAUUUAUAACAGUAUGAACAAUCAAGAGUUUAGCAGUAUGCAUCAGGAUGGUAAAGAACUGCCACUGACAGCACUCAAGUCAAUCUGGCCUGUUUUGAAUUUUCUGCUGGCAGUAUCUCUUCUCAUUAUAUACCUAUUCUUCUUAUUAUUGACCAAGUGACUGAUCUUCUCCAAUCUGGCUGUUGCAAUUAACAGUAUGCUUUGUUCAGCUUCCAGAUCUAUUAUGCUUUGUGGCAUAUGCAUAAAGAAGCUAAAUUAUGCAUAUGGUGCUGCAAUAUGGCUGAACUGCAGUAUGUAAAUAGCUAGGAUCAUUAUCUUCUAUGCCCAAUCUUUUGUCAACAUCAAACUUCUUUUGAAGGUGUUUGUGACAUUUCUCCAUAGUCCAAUGAGUAAUGCACACAAUUACUGCUCACCCCUUUUAGCCUUCUAAAACAGGCCUUCUUGUUGUCUUUCCCUUUAUGGUGAUUAAAUGCAUCUCAUAAACAAUUCCAGCACCUUCCCAGUAAAAGCAGAGUUUGCUGAUGCUUUUAAUGUGAUUUUAUUUCAGUCCACUGGCAGAGUUCACAGUUGUUUAGUGGGCUCAGGAGGAGAAUGCUGCUUCAGUCUUCAAAAGAAAACCUUUCCUCUCCACACACACACCAACAUAGAUUCUGCAUUAACAUCACCUAAUCAUCAUGACUUGUUUUCCUCCUAACUUAGACUUCUACAAAGUCCCUCCAAGCAUGGAAGACAGAAGACAUCUCAGCCAAUAACGUCCAUAUUUCAUGGCAGAUUCCACAGUACCUGUUAAUAUCAGCUGGAGAAGUGAUGUUUUCCAUUACAGGCAUUGCCUUCUCUUAUUCCCAGGUAAUGUAUGUAGAGCACAAAGAAGAAAAUCGGAAAUCUGAUGUGCUUAAUGAGGAGAAGGGCAGGAUAGAAAGCUGCACUUUGCCAGGUCUUCCAAAGGCUGAGAGAACAGAGAACAAGUUGCAAGUUUGGUGUAGACUUGCACCACAAUCCUGACCAAAUUUACUGUGAAUUUACUUGCAAGUAAAGUGUGCCUUGGACUGCAGUCCUGAUCUAAUAAUAUGUACAUCUCUCUAUUCUCCGUCUCCUUGUGUGGACAUUAUGAUUGAAUGCAGUGACCAGAAGAUCUGGCACAAUAAGAACAUAAGAUGUGCCCUGCUGCAUCAGUCCAAAGGUGCAUUGAGUUCAGCAUCCUGUUCUCCCAAUGGUCUGUGGGAAGCCAACAAGCAUGACAUGAGCAUAAUAGCCCUUUACAGAUCAUUAUCCUCAUCCACUGGUAUACAGCGGCACACUGCCUCAGAGACUGAAAGUAGUAUAUAGCCAUUUUGACUAUAGCCAUAUGAACUUGUCCCAUAUAACAGCCAUCCAAGUUGGUUGCCAUCACUACAUCCCGCCAUAACAAAUUUCAUUAUUCUAUUAUAAACUAGGUCAAAUGGGUAGAAACUACGGCCCACACAAAUACUAUGGAAGCAAUUACCCUCCUGUAUUAAAGGUUCCAGGAGUAAAUGGAAACAUUAGCUUUGGCUAUCACAAUAUAGUAUUGAUGUUUUAAAAUUUAUUAGGUGUUGGGGGGAAACUAGUGUAUAAAGUAAUCCUGAGUAAUCCUUUUAAAACUUAAGGUCUAGAAACAUAUUAGGUUUAUAGCAAUAUGGGACAGAAUAUAAUUGGGAGCAGUGUUAGCUUCAGUCAUGUGUGCUCUCUCUCUCUCUCUCAUUUCUUUUGUAUUGUCCUGACAGAUUAGUUCUUAUUUGUGUGCAAUGAGGAGGGGCCAUUGUUAAGUAGCAGAGCACAUGCCUUGCAUGCAGAAGGCCUCCUGGUCUAUCCAUUUUUUUUUUAAAGGAUCAGAUUGCUGGUGAUAAGGGAAAAUCCCUGCCUGACACCCUGGAGAGAUUCUGUCAGUCAGAGCAAAAACACUAAGAUAAGCAAACCUGGUAUAAGGCAGCUUCAUAUGCUGCUUCCCUCAAACAUCCAAGAAAACCACAGGGCACUUCAACAGCCACAUUGAUUUCAAAGGCUAUGUGGUAUUUCUCCACUCUCCUAUAUUCCUGAAGUCUCUUCUUGGGGCCCCUGGGAGAAUACAGAGGUAACCCACACUUGACACAGGCAGGUAGGAUGACGCUUACAUGAGAGCUGCUGGAGGUCAGAGGAAGUAUGUGCUGGUUCUCAGAAUCCCCUUGAUAUACCUUAGUGUCAUUUUCUGCCAUGCCUCAGGGUUGAUUGAUUUACACACACAUAAAUGCUCAUCGCUCGAUGGCCACAGCAUCAGAUUGUGAUGGUCAGAUGUGAAUGAGCCAUUACAUAUCAGACACCUUGGCAAAGACUUCCAGAUCACUUCACAUUACCUCAGAAUGAUAUAGCGUUAUUCAACUGAGUCAGUUCACACAUCAGUCUGCAAGUCACUGGGCCACUCCAAAGCAUUUUGGUACCUGAGGUAAAUGGUGUGCUGCCAUCCCCACCCUCUACCAUUACAUGUACAGAUGCUGAUUGGAGUGGCAUAUCACCACCACCACCACCACCAUUUAUUAUUAAGGGAAUUUAACUUUAACUCUGGCAACGAGACAGAUGUCCUUUACUGCACAUGAGGGCAGCAAACUAACUUAAGGGCUGAAGGUCAGGCCACAUGGUGGACACAGCCCUGUCCGCCAAUGCCUCACCACCAUUCCCUUUCUGCAUCUUCUGCCAGAAGCGGCCACCUCAUUCUGCCUGAUGGUAGAGGCCGGUCCUGGCGAAUCAUCAGGUGUUGAACCAAGUAACUAAGGAAUACAUACUGAUUUGUAACUGGCCCGCAGAGCCAUAAGGUGAUUUGCUUACUCCAUCGCGAAACAGGAAAGUGGUUGAGCGCAGUCUGCAGCAUAGUACUCAGUGAGGAUGCUGAGGAAAUUUCUCAGUGUUUGAGAAUGGACUAAUCUUCCUGGUUUUCUUUUCUUUUUUUUCAGGCUCCUGCCAGCAUGAAGUCAGUACUGCAGGCUGGCUGGCUGUUAACCGUGGCCUUUGGAAAUGCGAUUGUGCUUGUUGUUGCCCAGGCUGCACCAAUGGAACAGGUAUGGGAUAGAAUACAUUAACCAUGGCACUAAGGCUGGAGUUGUGAGUAACACUCCACAGGACAUUCUGAUCUGCUUUCAGUACAUUUGGCAGCCAUUCUUGCAGAACAAGGGUGGGGAAACUAGUGGCUUUUCAUAUGUUGUUGGGACUCCAAAUCCCAUCAGCCUCAGUCAACAUAGCAAAUUGGCAGGGAUGAUUGGAGUUCUCAGGUAUGUUUUCUAUGCUCAGGUGCAAUCCCUGUCCUGCCCAGUAAAAAGGAUUAGGUAGGGGGUGAUGGGAAAGGCAUUUUCUUUGCAUUAGACCCUAGGGAGUUAAAGAAGAGAGUACAGGGUAAGAUGGAAAUGGCAGUCACUCACCUAUUUAUUUCCUAGACCUGGUUUUACUGGUGAUUAACCUGGCAACCCCCAAUAUAGUGAGAAGUAAUCCGCUUAACCACAGUUGCACCUGAUUGUCCAGUUCACACAUUACAUUUGUUUACACCAGGGAUGGGGAUCUGUGUCCCUCCAAAUGUCACUGGAAUCCAGUUCCCAUUUGGCCUACCAACCAUGGUGAACAAUCAGGUAUUAUGGGAGUUAUAUUCCAGCAGCAUCUGGAGGGCCACAGGUUCCCAUCCCUGAAACAUGAAUGCAUACCCAGAGACCCAGGACUUUCUUCACACAAAGAAAGACAUCCUUCCGUUGAGGCAAGAAUGCAUGUUGUGUUGAAGAGGAAUGUUCUAAAAUGGACCAUCCUUCCUAACUAUCACUUCAACCUCUGUAAAGGACACAGCAUCUUAGUAUAACGGACAACAUUUUCUCUGUUAGUGUGGCACGUAAGUUAGUGGACAUGAGAAGGUGUGGUUUCAGGCAUAUCCAAAAGAAUAGGCAAAGCUAGUGCUCUUUUUUGUGAUGGUACUCCUUGGUAUGGAUUACCCUAAUGGAUGGUAUUCACCAGUACAGAGUACUAUCUCUUUUUUCCUUUUUUGUUGCCAUGAUAGUCAUUUUGUGCUGCAACCAUGAUGAUCAAGAUAUGACUACCGGCAAUCAUUUUUUAAACCAAAAAAAAAGCACUGGGUACAACCAGUGGAAACCAAAUCCUCCUUCCAAGUGCUAAUUUAAAAUGCUCAGAGAGACUUAUAACCUAGAUUGUUGCCGACAGUUUAAUGUGUAUGAUUAGGACACUUGCCUACCAAUGGCCCCAGUAUAUAGCCCAGAAGUAAUGAAUGCGGAAAUAAGUAACUUGUACAAAGGGGAAGAGAUACAUCACAAAAAAAUAACUGAUUAACCUACAUAAUGGAGAGAAAGGCCACUGAGCAAAUGAGCAAUUAACUAAUAAAGCAAUAGAGCUGACACAACAAGGAGAAUAGAAUGCAAUUAGUGUGCCAUCCAAUUUAGUGUCCUCCCUCACAAAUUAAUAACAUACACACACCAAAAAAAAUUAAUGCCAGGGCAUUUAGCUGAGCACAUGUGUUGUUCCAUUCUGUACCAGUAACAAUAGAUGUAUAUUGCUGGAAAAUAUUCACAGGAAGGACAUUGGGGGGAAAUAAGAAAACUAAUUAAACUAGAUUCAUUUGACUCUACCUGUCAGCUCACAUGAUGCAUGACCUUGCUUCUAUAUGACAAUAUCAAGUUCAUGCACACUCAGGCUACAAAGCAUUCAUUUAAAGCACCUGCCCCACCCCAAAAGUCCUGUGAAUUGUAGUUCACUCCUCACAGAGCUAUAAUUCCCAGCACCCUUAAGAAACCACAGUUCCAAGGAUCCUUUAGUGGUGUGUGUAUGCUUUAAAUGUGUGUAUUUAGUCUCAUUUUCCAGCAUAUGAGUGUCUUUUAUUGCACAGAAGAACUCCUAUGUGCAAUUAAGUGUUUUUAAACUUUGGCCAUAAUGGUGGGUUGAGGGUGGGGCUACUUAGUUGGUAAUGUGUAUUACUGCACUUACUGCAAAAUAUGCUGAGCCAGCUCUGCUGCAUUUUGUGGCCAUCCAGCUCAUUCUGCUGAGUGGGAACCUGGACUUCUGCCCCUUAUGGUACAUCUGCAACUACAGCUGUUCAUGUUAUCUCAGUCGUCUCCCAAACACACAUACACACAGCAACAUUUUGCUGUGGUCAUGAGAACCGGUGAACUUAUCAUAAUUCCAAUAACUCCCCUCAGAGGCCAAAAUGCCAAAAUUCUGCCCUUCAGGAUAGCAUAUCCCUGUUUUUAACCUCCCUAAGUAUUCCCCAAAUAAAACACAAUGUGGAUUUUGAAAAAUUGGGUUAUCAAAAUUGGGGGGUUUUCCCCAUGCCAGACAUGCACUGAAAAGAGCAGGAGUUUAGCUAUAUGGUCUUCCGAAGGAUUUCCAUGCUCACAUUCCUGAGCCAUUUUGGAAACUGGAGCAAACUGGAGCUUUCCCCCAAUGUAAGUAUUCAGUGCAUGACCCCUAAUCCAGAUCAGUACUGCAAUGGGGCCAUGCACAAAGGGAUGACACCAUCCCUAUCACCCAUGUCACAGUCCUAUUGAAGCUUGGUGUUUGGGGGAAGGAGGCACACCAGCUAUUGGUUAAAGCAAAAAGAUCAAAUUGUGUCCUAUAAAUUGCAUCUCGUUUGGCCCCGUCAGAGUGAUUUGCAAAGUUCUGCUCCUCUGUCACUUCCAGGUGCCAUAUGCAGCUGGUAACUAGAAGUGAAAUAGUUUGACUAAGCUUCUAUACAGUUGGAAGAAGAUGAAUGUGUAAGUGCUGUUGGCAAAUAAAUAUUAAUUUUUUGGUUUUUUUAAACCCUCUUCUUUCUCCAGUGGCUCGAGUUUGUCCUCUUUGCUGCACUGCUCUUUAUCGUGUUUAUUAUUUUCUCCAUCAUGGGAUAUUUUUACACCAGCAUGGACCCAGAACUCCUUGCCAGAGAGGACCAACAAGGGACGUCAAACAGUAAAAAUAUGAUUGGGCUUGUUACCAAGAAAGCAGAGCUAUAAAGGUGACUGUGGACACUGGCAUGGGAUUUUGUGGCCUUUCUCUUUUAACAAGAUGUGGAGGAAAUGGAUUUAUUUUUCAUGAUGGCAUCUCACAAAAUAUAUUAUAUUCAGGGGAAAGGGCAAAAUAGGCUCUUUUAAAGUCGGCUGAAUAAAUGUGAACAAACUCCUUGGACACGAAGCAUUAAAAAUAGAUGCAAAGCGGUUUCAAAUCUGCCCAUUCCUUCCAGCCCCACCAAGCAGUUGGAGUAGUUAUUCUCAAAGGUACACAGCGUGGUGAGUGACCAUCAUCUCAAACAAUAGGUCGUGUUUAUUUGCAAAGUUCUCAAGAAAUGAAUGAGUGAAACAACCUGAAGAGCACACAAGUAAUGCAUAAAAAAAUAUUCAAGAAAUGCAUCAAUGAAUAAAAUCUAAGGGGUGUGUGUGAUCAAGUAUGUUAUAAUUCACCCUUCCUGCUCAGUUCCAUUUUUGUGCCAACAUGCUAUUACAGGCAGACAAAAGCAAUAGGUCACAAUCCAGAGCGGUUUAUGAAGCUUGCUUACCUAUGUAUCCCUGACCGAACCCCACUCUACCUCUACCCCUCUUUCAGCAGCUCUCCUCAUGCAAUCUUCAACCUGAUCUUUAAAACAAAACAACUCCCCCAAAGUUCUUACACUAAUGUUGGAGGUGUUGGCACUGCUGUUUCUGUUGGGACCUGGAAUGGUUUUCAACUAAGUUUUACUCAGUGUGUAGUCCCACUGAAAUUAAUGCGCAUGACUAAGUUAGGUUCAUUAUUUUCAGUAGGUCUACUCUGAGUACAACAUAGUAGAACACCACCCCAAAAUGUGGCAACUGGCAUUAAGGGGAAGUUGUUUUUCUCCACCUAAUACUAACUACCAGGCAGGAUGUUAAACCGAGUCUCUGAGUGCUGUAGUUCCAAUGAAAAUCAGCACAUACACCUCAGCUGUGCUUUUUUUAAAAAAAGAAAAGAAAAAAAGGUGCCAUUACUCACAACGAAGUUGUUACAGUAUGUGCCACACUUUUAACAUCUGGAGAAAAAUGGUGCUGGUACAUCAUACCCUUGAGCAGCCCCAGAAAAAAGCGCUGCACCUCAGUGUUGGUGUUAGUGCUGUUAAAACAAAUCUGGUUCCUAAUCACAAUAUUAAAGUAAUGUUUGGUUUGUUUCAUAAUCCAACAUUUUGCAAAGCUGUGUUUCUUCGAAUUAUCCACUCAUGGAGCAUAUGCCUGUAAGACUUUCCAGAUAGUCUAAGACUGUGGAUUGAGAUAUUUGUAUGCUCUGCUCACUAAGCUCUAGUGACUUGGCCAGAAGAGUGCUUUGAUUUUGUAUGUUUUACUGUACAUGGAUCAACUGAUCAUAGAUUGUUGCUUAAGAAUAUCGCUAUUCAAGUAAUAAGCUCUUUAAAAUGUGACAAUUUUUCUGAGCAGAAAAGAUUUCCACAUG